AAAAAAAAAAAAAUGACACGAUACACUUUGGGAGAGCUGACAAACAAUUCAGAAGCGGAUUGUGUUGGGAGUUGCAGAUCACGUACGAAACUCUUGUGCAGAAGGUGCAUUCUUAGUUUACCAGCAGAGUAUGACAUUUCGGAAAAAAUGUCUAUUUAACCAAAAGCGCAGUUGCUGGGAGGAGCGUCUCCUAAUGAGAUGAUGUAGUAAGAGGAUGAGUAGUUACAAGUGUGGGUUGCUUAAUAGGCAGCAGGUAGCACCAAGGAGCAGUUCCUAGUACUCGAGGUAGGUCACCUCAUUGUCUCAUGAUGGGGGUAGAAAUGCAGCACACGUACGUGUAAUGUUAGCGCACUGGUUUUUAACUGGGUGUGAUUUUACCCACCAGGGGGAUGAAGGGCAAUGUCCUUUUUUUUAUUGUCCCAUGGGGACAAUAAAACUGUCCCAUGGGGACAGUUGUUUUUAUUGUCCCAUGGGGGCAUGGUGCUCCUGACCUCGAGUAGGUAGAGGCCAGGGAUGCUACUUAACUGGUCCUGUACUCCAAGGAAAGAUCGCCCACAGCACAGAAUCGUUUGUCCCAAAGUGUCAUGGAGUCAAGUACCUGUUAGUAGGACUGAUGAAGAUACGGCACUUUUAAUAUACCUAGUAACCAGUAUAAUGUACACUGUUCUUUAGUGGAUGUUUUCUGGAUCGUCCAUAAAAACUGGCAAGCAAUUUGUGUGUAAAGAUUUCAAAAAAGACUGGUUUAGCAACUUCUCGUUUCAGGCCCAUUGAGGGCAGAGCCGUAGUACAGGGUAGGAGCGGGCUCGUAAAAAUCUGCUUUGAAUUUUCGACUUGGAGCUGGAAACUGUGACAGAUAUUUCCAAAAAAUUCGACAGAGGGUGUUCAUGCUCACAUCCAAGACAGGGCACUGCCAGGUUCUCUGUGGUUCAGCUACUCGUACAGCUGGGAGUGGGACGUGCUCGAAACGGGAAGUAAAAGGAACUUCUCACCCUGGACAUUUUGGGACGGAAUUUGUAAAUGGUAGCUGCUGGGUGGAAUUUGGCCCCAGCGACAUUGAUCACGGGGUCAACCCAAAUCCUAGCUUGUGUUGACUUCUCUCAGGUCAGAACCAAGUGACCACACUUCCCCAAUGAUCCUGCAAAGAUCUGACCGACGUUGGGGAACAAGCCCUGCCUCUACAUCUACUUGGGAAAGCGUCACUGCCUAGAGCACAUAGAGUAGCACUUUACGGGGAACAGUUGGAUGACAAUGUGCACUGUUGACUAACACUUUCAAAAACAGUUAGUGAUUUGGUAAACCAUCAUCACUGAUCCAUAGGCCUUUCCGCGUGUGUGAAUGCUGGGGAUAUUUUUAAUGAGGUGCAGUGCCGUUGAGGUCCCAUGUCAGGUGCUGUAAGAAGUGCUUUGUUGUGCAGAUGUCUUAAGAACAGCUCUGGAGGAUGAAAUAUGACUGUGUUGACCUUUCAGCUGUGAGCUUAUUUGUCAGGAUUCAAAUAAGUUGAAAGGAUCAAACUGAACAGUUUCCGUAGUCAGACUGGGAAUUGUGUUUCAGAGGUCAGCCGCGGAGGCCACAUUGCAGAUUCCAGAACAUAGCCAAUUGUUGGUACAUAUUAAAGUGCUGGGGCAUCUCCUGCAGACAGAGACACAAUUAAAAUUCUAAUUUAUUAAUGUAUACAGGGAGCUGGCCCAGCCUGUCACUCAGUGAUUCAAAUGACUGUCCAUUCUUUUGGCCUCCCUCUUGGAGCUCUAACAGCCUUAAAAAUACUGUUAGUCCUCUUGAAUUUAUCAGACCUCAAGUGCAUUGGAAAAAUGACAAUAUAUUAUUGCGGGGAGGUGGGAAUCUUGUACGUAGUAGAGCUUUGGUUAGGGAUAAUUUUAAAAAGUACACACAUACACAGUCUGCCUGAUGCACUGCUCUUCAGGAUUGAAGAUCAUUUGUAAUUUUUUUUAUACUAGACUUAUAUUCCCUCAUACUUGCUUUUUAAAGACAUAUGGCAUUUUUAGGUAACUUCUUUUCCAAGAUGAACGAAGUUGCUUUAGGGCUAAAUAUAUGAAGUAAAGUUUCAGGGGAUUUCCUUUUGAGGGCUCUUUUUCUUGCCCGUUAUAAGGUUUUCAGCCACCAGAAGAGUAUGAUACAGAGAGCUUCAUUUUUCUUGGCAAAGACAGUGUCAAAACCAACCUAACACAUUCUGCUGAGCACUUCAGUCUGUAUAAAAAGUGUGGGGCGAGGGGGCCAUCUUGAAUGCUGGUUUUGCUAAAUAAGAUGUUUUGAGUCCCUUCCUACCCCUCUGUGGGAGAGUUGACAAGCAUAGAAUUUAGACCAGCUUUAAGAGUUGAUUGGGAAAAAAAACAGUGGGUUGGCUGUGCGCGCGUGUGAAUGUGUGUGUGCGUGCGCGUGCAUCAUAGACUACGUCUUGUCAGCUGCCUGGUAGGGUCAUGCAAAUCCACCAGGCUUUAUUAGGUUGGCUGACCUUCUACAAACAGAAAGGAGAAAUUACUAACCUAGGUCACAUGGUAUAUUACCUCCUUAUAAAAAUACGUAUAUAGACUCGGUGAUUCACGGAAGGAAUAACCUUCAGAGAGAUACCUUGCCAUGCCAUGCCCUCGCUGGGGCACCCCAUCCAGUGUGGCUCUGAAAUGAAAGGGAAAUCCCAUCACAAAUCUUAACAGGGUUCAUUUCUGUUGUUCGUACCCUUCGUAACCACACUGAGAGACCUAUUUUCGCAAAUUUCAGAUCUUCCGCAUAGAGGAAGCCUUGACAGGGGAGAAGAAUUUGAUCUACUGAUUGCUUGAGGGGAAAGAAAAAAAAAAAAGAAACCCAAAUCCCCAAAUAUACUGUGACUUAUAUUUUAGGCAUAUCUCACACUUCUCUGCUUUAUGUUUGGCAGUGCUCUCCAGUUUCCCAGGCUGAUGAUAACAAACAAAAGAGAAUGGAAAGUUAGAGGAGGCUCUAAGUGGUUACUCGAUAGAGAUCACAAAAUGUAGUCAAACAUCAGCAAUUUGGACUAAUUUCAGGAAGACGCUCUCUCCAGCUACACGUACAGAACUAAAUCUGAGCUGGCCACAUUCUUGGGUGACGUGUGGUUUGUAUAAUCAAGGCAUUAAUUGGUAUAGAUUCUGCUUUUGAUGUUCUUAAAAAACACUCUACUUGGUAACCUAAAUAGCCCCUUGGUCAGCCUAGCCUCUUGAGCUGCCUUGCAAUUUUUUUUUUUUUUAAUGAAUGACACAAAUGAAAAUUGAAAAUUGGCCCCGUGGUAAAUUCAGGAUGAGGAUGAUCUGGAUCUAUUAGAUGUGAUUUGGUGAGCAUUUCUGGAUCAGCCUCCACACAUAGGGCAUCGCACGAAACCGUCAAGGGUACAGACCCUGCCCUCAGGAUGCUUAGGAGUUGUCAAAGAAUUAACAAGGUUUUGCUACAGAAAAAAGAAAAUUCUAUGUGGGUAAAAAUAGUAGACUUGCUUUUAUAAAUAUUUACAUGCUUCUGAAGAUUGCUUGAACAAAUGAAGUAAACGCUUAAUGAUGCAGGUGUGCUCAUAACCUCGAAAACGUGCAACUUUACUGGCUGAAGAUUAAUUUGUGAGUAGAUGAGCAAUUUUAUUGAUCGAAUUUUGGAACUUUGACCACCGUUUCUGGGUAGUAAUUCAUUUUGGUUCUUUAAGCAUUUUAGUUGUUGGCACGAGUACAUAAACUGGAAGGAAAUCAAAUGACACAUUUUCUCCUAAGAAAGUAAAAGUACAUGUGUAUUCUGGCAGCAUUAAAGUUAGGAAAGAAAGUAAACCUUGUGUGUUGCUUACAGCGGAAAGCUGACCACAGUUUCAGGCCGUCUAUAAAGAAUUUGAACUUGAAACCAGUCAUCUGAGACGUUCCCCUCGUGCCUGUCCUCCCCCCUUCCAAGGUGACAUCGUGUAGGAGCCCCUCAUCCAGGAGGCCAUUUCACUGGAAGGAAAGGUAGUGAAAUCCACUGGGAAGUACAGCCGUGUCAUCCGGUUGGAGGCUCAGGAGUAUAGUGAGGACUCCUGCUUGAGGUAGAGGAGGUUAAAAUACAAGAUGCAGCAGGUGUUUUUUUUAGCCUUUUUAUUUGCAGUUAUAUAAAACGUGCUUUAGGCAGCAUUUUUGCUUUGCAUUAAUGCCACAUAUAAUCUUAGUACCUCAUAUCAUUUCCACGUUAUUCGCUAAGGAAUAAAUGGGUAAAAGGAAACCUUUAAAGGAAACUACAGUUUUAUGUUGUAGAUAGUGAAAUGGAAUGGUUUUUGAAAUACUGACCCUUAAAAAAUAGCCCUGCGCACUGAAUUAGUAAAGUGGAUAUAAUUCAGGAGGAGGCAAAAAAAAUUGUUUUAAAUGUCUAGAGUUAACAUUGUCUAGAAUUGGCAUCCCCGACAUGAAAUUGAGGGGAAGUGGUGAAAUUUGGAUGCCUUGUCAGUUGUCAUUGUUAAUCACACGACUUUGGAGACUCCCAAAACCCUGAAAAAUAAAUCUUGGUAAGAAUCAAUAAAGUAGAAAUGAUGCUUUAAAAAUGGUUAUUAAGUCUUUCGGAUUAUACACACCAUUAAAAGUACGAUAGAGGCAGUGACCCCUCCCUUGAGAAAAAUGCACAGGCACACAGAAUUUUGUAUCCUCUUGUAAGGGUUUCCUGAACCUCAAGGCCAUCCUGUGGCCCUGGUCAAGUACUCUUAAUUUCAGAUUUUUUUUUUCUAAAAUAGUAUGCUUUGGGGUGCCUAGGUGGCUCAGUCGGUUGAGUGUCCAACUUCAACUCGGGUCAUGAUCUCACGGUUCGUGGGUUUGAGCCCCGCGUUGGGCUCUGUGCUGACAGCUCAGAGCCCGGACCCUGCUACUGAUUCUGUGUGUCUCUCUCUUUCUGCCCCUUCCCCGCUCAUGUUCUGUCUCUCUGUCUCUCAAAAAUAAGUGUGUAAAAACUUUUUUAAUAAAAUAGUAUGUCUGGUCCUUAUCUCUGAGUUUCUGAUUGGAGUUGUAAUAUAAUCAAUUGGCUCAUUUUUGCCAUUUCAGCUGCAGUGUAUAGGAUGAUCCCAUGUCCCAGCCUUUCCAGGAUAUCCCUAGUCUAUGCCUGUUGCCUGGCUCUAUUUAUAAAAAUUGUCACUCUUUGAAAGUAUCCCAGUUUGGGCAUUUAGUUACAUGGUCAUCUUACAUGUAUCUAAGCAUUAAAAUUCAAGUGCUAUGCUCAUAUUUUAAAUGUAAGCAUAUCUUUGUUACCAUAUGCAUAUGUCACUGUAUGCAAAGAUAAUUAACAUUUAGUCAAGUGCUGAAUGUGGGACCAUCCCCAUGGCUACCCUGUGGUAUAGGAAUGUCAUUUACCUGUGCUGUGGAUGCAGAAAAGUAAAACUUACAGAAGUUCCCUGACUUGCUGCAGAGCACACAGACAGGUAUAGCACCAGAAUGGGAAGCCAGGUUUUUGGGGGGGACCACAGACAACCCGUAUGCUGUCAGGAAGUUCAUUAUAGCUGCCCCUCCCGUGUAUAUUUCCUCAGCAUCUACUGAGUGCCCUGUUUGCCACAAAUAAGCAAAUUAUUAGAUUUUCCAUAUUGUAAGCAAAAAUGAAACCAAACCAACAAAAUCCUAUUCCACUGUAAAUAUCUGGAUUUCAGUUAAGAGGACUAAGGUCUGUGUAAUUAUCCUUAAUUGUCGCCUUGUCUGCGUGUGCGUCCCAGUGGUGAGCGACAGCAAAGAAAAGUUAUUUGUCCUUCUCAAGUCUGAAGUGCUCUUCGGAGCUUCCCUGUGUUGGAACGUGGAAUGGUACGUUACAAUCAUUGCUGGGGCUAGGAGGUGGGGAGGGACAGGGAAAAAAACAUACUUGACUGGUCACAAAUGUGUAAAUUGCUAACAAAAUGACACAUGUAAUUAAGAGUGCUCCUACCAUUUUACCUUGUGGUUUACACCUCCAGUGUUGAAAAAGAGAGCGACUCCCACCUCGCUAAUUACCAUUAUCACUGAAAUGCUAGGGUUGGACUCAUUAGUUCCAUGUGCAUUUAAUUAGAGGAAGGCUGAAAUUGGAUUUAACUUAUUACUUUUUCAUGGAUCACUUUCUUGUCAUCACUUCAAAUUGGAUUGCAGCCCCAGGUAACUAAUUAUGAGAGCCACAGGAUCAAGAGUGAAAAAAAAGGUAAUUAGGAAUAACACUGUUGGACCCUUGCUGGUCGUCCACUUGUGCUUUGGAAAAAGGAAAAAAAAAAGAGAGAGAGAGAGAGCGAGCGAGCCGUAUUUUGUAGUAUUACAGAUUAGGGAGUUAGAGGUAUGCAUGGUUGCUGGGCAUCAUGGGAGCCUGUCACCACCCAUAGUGGUUUCUAUGAUAUACAACUGAGUUGAAGAUGUCGAAUCGACAUGGUUCCACAAUCGGCUCCUUAAUACCUAGAUUAAACUUGUAAAAGCAACAGAUUGGCUGUAGGUAUGAGGCAUCUCAACAACUGUGUAGUCUGGGGGCCUCACAUAUAUGAUUACAACAAAGCUGUCAAGAUGCCUCUGAGCCAAAGUACAGAAUAUUUUAAGUACAGGGAGUUAGAAUUUAAUGAACGUAUUAAUGUUCCAGAAACAUCAUUCAUGUCUGACAGGAAGACAUAUCAGUCAGCACAACAGCAAGGUUUAAGGGUUUAUACAUCAGGAAUUUUUGUCAAAGUUUCCAGCAGACCAUAAUAUUCAGACCAUUUACAGUGCUUCUGGUUUGUUCUCUUACCCCACCCCAGUGUUGUGGAUAGGCUUGCUGAGGUUCAGUUUCUCCUUCCGCCCCCAUCGAAAAUACUUUAAAACAAAUUAUAUUGUUUCCAUGUGCAGAGCAGAAUUCAGAACUGCAAGCAAUCAAUUUUAUUGACAUCGUCUGAAAAAAUGUUGGUGACAGUUGGAGGAUGUGAAAGGCUUGGAUUUUUAAAGUCGCCAAUACUAAGUGUGGCCAAAAAAAAAAAAAAAAAAUUUUUUUUUUUUUUUAAACGUAAUCUCAUUAUUCAAAAGAAGUCCUGGGAGUUAGACUCCCCCAAGAAGGGAUUCUUCUUUGAUAGACUGUGAUAGCAUAAUGAGAAAUCUUGAUAUCAAGCCUGUGGGUUUCCAUGAAGGGAGAAAAAGCUUCCCAGAGAAGUGAAUCACCAAGAAAAGAUGGCUAUUGUUUCCUCAAGUUGUUUAAAAUUGGUUUUAAUGCUCUGUUAAUGUAAGCAAAUAAUCAUGAUUCGGUCUGGGGUGACUUUCAAACCUGGGUAAAUGAGACUUGCUUGUUAUUUUCUUCAGGGCCACAGGGAAGUAGAGACAGGGAUGUGCCUACCUGGCGGUGGCCACCACAUUAUUAUUCCCAGAGUGAUAAAAUGCUCUUCCUGGAAUUACGACUCCGUUUCCUUUGUGAACCUUCUGAGCGAAAGCUCAAAAACCAAAAUAGUCAUCAUCAAGUCGAAUGCAAAAAAAUUAAAGCUUUUUUUUUGUUUUUGAACAUCUUAAGUUGAUUUAGAAUUUUUGUACACAAUAUUCGUCUGUGGUUGAAAGGGGGCACGCCGAGGUCAAGUGAUGUAGUGUUUUCCAUUUUUCCAUAUGAGUCUCACAGUGUGUGAUAAAAGCAAACUCCUUUAUUUGGUAAGUCUGCAGGAAUUUCUGAUGAAGUGCAGAGGUCAUGUUCCCUGUCAAUUUGAGUAGCCAGCAUUUUUUAACUACUGUUUUUUCUUCUCUUUUUGUGUGUGUCUUUCCUUCCCUGCCCCCCCUAAACCGUGGCACUUUUGUGACACAUGCACAGUGAAGUCUUCCAAUCUGAAACUCAUUAGCACACAGCAUUGGACCCUGUCCAGUGGUUAGAAAAUUUCCUGAAGCCUAGAAUAACAGCAUUUGGUGUGAGCACCACAGACCAGCAGUGACGAUGGGGGUAGUCGCCCUGCCCUGGCGCCCUGCCCGGUCGGGAAAGCCGACUGACCGUGCCACACAGUGGAGACAGAGGUCGUGAAUAUGGGAUGGGCUCGGAAAGUUUGGUCCUUGGAGAAAUAUGCUUCUGAAAUCACAAGGCAAUAUCUUUUUUUCCCUAUGCUUAUUAUUUCAAUUGGUUGGGAGGUAUUUAUCAACAUUAGCUGCGGGAACAUGAAAGCAAGCCAUUAGAGAAAUAGGAUGAAAAACCAAUUUCUACAGAAUAAUAUUUUCACCUCUGUAGCUAUUGGGCAUUACAGAACCUAUGGAUUUAAUUCAUUCGUUCCAGCAUUAUUCGUGGCACCUCACGAUAUCCAGGUAACACGACCAAGAUGAAGUCCUUAUCCUCACAUUAGAAAGUUGACACAGUUCAUGCGAUGGGUCGUAAUCAUUUAAGCCAAGUCUUCCAACAGGAAACUGAGUCCCAGAAAUGGAAUAGUAAUAUUAAGGAGCAGGCACGUAAAAUUAUACUUUCUAGGAGCCAACUACUUGCAACAACCGUAUGGGGAUCAGUGCUACUAUUAUUCCCAUCUUACAGAUGAGGGAGUGUCGGAGGGGCGGGCAGAGAAGUUAACUUGCCCAGGGCCACACAGCCAACGAGUGGCAGAGCUGGGGCUCUAGCCCAAAUAGUUUGGCUCAAGCAUCUCUGUGCUCUUACCCGUUCCAUUCUGCCGACUCUCACUGAGCUGCUGCUGGGCCCGGCAGACAGGGACAGCGAAAGGAACGGAAUCGGAGUUGCUGAUGCCUCACGCUUGUCACUAACCACUAGACCACACUGUCUCCUAAUUUGGACAUAUGUUUAUGGGCAUAUUUGAAAAAUAGUGCUUGUAAUUGAAAUAUGCACUUUCUAAAGGGAAAUGACGCUUGGGAAAGAGAGAAGAAAGGCGGGUAUUACUCAAAGUCUGCAGACAACUCUGCAAGUAAUUGUCUAAAGGCAGCCGUUGAAAUUGAGAAGCAGUUUGGAAAAUGUACAGUUUGGGAAAUUUGUGUACCGAUGUAAUUACGGUAGUUGUGAGUUGAUGUCAUGCCUAGUAACUGUUUUUGUAUUGCUUGGGCCUUUGUUACCGAGCUGUGAUAUCAUGAGCAAACUAUUAUAAACAUAGCGUGGAUAUAGCAUGCUUGUGUAACAAAAGAUCGGGAACUUUUAUUAAGUUUGUUUUCCUUGUCAUAUUGUAAAAAUUUAUUAUGUGUACUGUGUAUAUUAGAAACAGAUUCGGGUAAUUCUGUCUAAAUGAAGUCAUCCCGGCUAUUUCCAGACUGUCUGUUUUUGGUUGUGAAUAAUUUUCAUACAUCAGAUGGUUGUCAUAUUUAGUCGCUCUCAAAAUUUUAAAGAGAACAUAUCCCAUUUUGAACUUGGGGUGGACUUUAGCCGCCCUGCUGUUGGGAUUGUUUGAGUUUGAAAUUACUGCCCAGUAAAUUAUGGAGACUGAGCACCAGUCAUUUCUAAAGGGUCUGGGCCUGCUCCCUUCUAUUCAUAACCUUUCCCCCUUCAUCAAAAGAACAGAUUUUUAACUACUUAAGUAGUAGAAUCGAAAGCUGCCAGGGCACAAUUGGGCAAAGAAUGCCAGCCCUUGUCCUUUUAUGUUACAUCCCAUUGAGAAGAUUUGGUAAACAUUCAAGCAGACAGAGCCCGGCAUUUAUCGGUGUUCAUGGUAGAAUGUGGAUUUUAAAUGGGUUGUUCAAAAACUUUAGAUGACUCGAUCCUUCCCAGCUACCCUCCCUAGCUCCUUUUGCUUACCAAGCUUUUAUGACCUGAAUCUUCUGCCUGCUGCUUCAGUUUGGUUUUUUUUAUACCAGCCAUUUUCCUUCCUCCCCUCCCCUGAGUAUCUGGCUUUUUUUUCCCCCCCUUCAUCAUUUUCUUGAAGUGUAUUGUCACUAAAUUCAGUGGCCAUGUCCCCAUUGCCACCAUCCUUCAACCUGUCUGAUUUCCUCGUGGCUAAGUCAACCUUUGGCUAACUCAGAUUUCUGGCAACUGCUUUCUUUCAGACUUCAUCAGUGCAGUACUCCAACCCCCACCCCACCCGGGGUCCCCAGACUGUUUUCCUUCUGUCUCCCAGUCCUCUUCCAGAAGAGAAGUUCAUACGUUCCCCCAAGUUCAUUUCCUUUGAUCUUCUCCAGUAGUGUAUCCAUUCGCUUUGGCUGUCCUGGUGACUUUGCACCCGUGAGUCCAUGCCUGUUGAUACCCCUCCUGUCUGUCUGUGGCUCUCUGCUCACCAUGACAGCACUUGCAAUUAGCUCUAAUGCAACUGAUCACUUUUGUCACCAGACUCUAUUAGUCAGAGUCAUGAGUCAUCAUUGACUUAUUAAUUUCCUUCAUCCCUACCACAUUAUCUGUCAUCAGAACUGCCAUUUUUCCUUCCACUCAGUAUCUUGUGUCCAUUCCUUUCUCCAUGUUUCCCCUGCUUCUACCUUGUUCCACAGGUCAGGCCUUCAGUUGGCACAUGCUUCCUCUGACCCCUCAGAGCAUCUCCUGUGCUUCCUGCCUAUUUCCUAUUCAUCGUAAAUGCUGUGUCACUCCCCUAUUCAACACCUUUCAGUGGCCCUCUCUUAUCUACCAUACCAAGUGUAAAAUCUGCUGCCUUCCUCUAGUUUCUUAGUAUUCUAGGUUUGGAUUAAAUUAGAUGUCCUGAGAAGAAGGUUGUAGUCUUCUUGCUGGGGAGGGGGGAAAAGGGAAAUUCAGAACCAUGAUUCCCUUUGUCCGGAGGUAUGAAUAUAUGUCCAGUCCGUUUGAUAACAUGUCGGAGUCCCCCAAAUCCAGAUUGUAAAUAUUGCUUGUUCUAUCGCCUACCAUUUAGACAGAAGGCCCUGGUGAUUAAAUUGUGUUUUGAAUUUAAUUCCAAGAGAAUUAUAUCUCUGUUUUCUUCAAAAGGAAACUAAAAGCCAUGUGAUAUGUUUUCCCAGAUCUAAAUUCUCUGCUAUGUUGUCCCAUGCUUCUUUUUCGUUGCUAUCUAUUGCUGCAGCCUAGUGGGUUCCUUGUGAUCUUUUCUGGAUGUAGGAUCCGCAGCCAAGGCAUUCCUUUGCACACAGAAGAGCUGCUUCAUCAGACCUAAUGGAGGCACAUUUCAUAAGACAUUGGUCAAAUUAUUUCUGAUUAGUUAUUUGAUAGCAUAGAGGAAUCGUUACCUGUUCUGGACACAGAAUUAAGAGUCUCAGCCACACAAAGAGGUUUCGUCUGAUCCAGAUACAGAGCGGUCCUACCUAGAAUGCUGUUUGAAGGAUGCUAGAAUUAAGAUGCAUCUGCUGGAUCAGCACGAUUGAUUAGGCAUGUCUGCCAUGGCACCACCACUGGGAGUGGUGAUAGGUGUACCUUCUACCUGCCCAGCUUGGUGUGGACUUGACUGACGUAGUGUUUUGAUCCCAUACCCAAGUAGAGAGGUACUUAGGAUCAUUUUUUCCUGGGAAAGUGGAUAGAUCCAGCGGUAACUAUUCACAUAUAUACCUAAAAUUAAACACGUACUUUGUGGUAUUCCCUAUACGCUUAUCUGAGACCGAGAAUAUUGUAUUCUUAUCCUGCAACUGUGCCAGUGCAUGGUCACAAAUAAGGUGCAAUUUGCCUUUAAAGACACAGGGUCUCCUAUACCGGCUCACCAUGCAAACUUGGCAGGGUGGGUGAGAAUUUCAGAGAUUUGUGGUUCAGAACACGGUGAGAGGGGGCACAUCUUGAUUAAUAGCACAAUCUCUGAUGUGAGGCUGCCAGGUUUAAGUCCUAGCGCUAUACCCUUAACCACUGUGUGACCUUGGAAAAGUAACUUAACCUCUCUGUUUUCUCAUCUAGAGAAUGUAGCUAAUGACCUUACCCACCUCAUGUGACUGUGCACAUGAAAUGAUUAACGCAUGAAAAGUGCUUGCACCAUGCCAGGCACAUAGUAAAUUCUCCAAAUUUUAUCUUAAUCCACUUGAUACCGGCUGCCAUUCAGGUAUAUGUUGUAGGAGCUAACAGGGCCUGCCCCUGUGCUUCUAGCUCACCAGUGUGGCACGUGCGGUUCACCAUAUUUUAUGGGAAGACCUCGGGCUCCUCAUCUGCAAAGUAGGGAUGAUCAGAAUGUCUCUCCUACGAAGCUGUUAAGAAAAUUAGCUGGGUUACCUCGUGUAACAGCCUAGAACAGUGCCUGGCACACGAUGAAUUAGGCACCUAAUAAAUGUCACCUGCUGCCAUUAUGCCUGCUACUGCUAUAAAUAACAUUAUCCUGAUGGAGCUUGAUUUUCCUUGGCGUGUCACUGUUGGCAUAAAUGAGGGUCAUGCUGUUCUGAUAUUCCCAUCCUGGUCUUUCUUUUGUCCUUGUCGUCUCAGAAUUUUUAUAUGAAUUAAUGCUAGGUCUUCUUAAUGGCCAAGGCAUUACUUCCUAAUCUGAAACGCUGAAACCGUGGCUUUCUGCACCCUGCCUGGCCCAAGUCGGCAAUCCAUAGAUGUCGCUCUCAUUCAUGAAUUAGUGAAUGAGUGGGUGAUAAAUGAACGAAUGAGAUCGUGAAAUACGUAAGCCAAGAAGAAAGGAAAAUUGAUGCUGCUUUAGUGGCUAAGGCUGCAGGCUGGUCUUCGAUUCACGAAUCUCGAGGAACGUUUCAAGAGUGGAAACACAGCAUUCAAAGAAUCCGGUGUCAUUCCUGUCCAAAAAUCUUUCACGGGGUCGAUGACAUGAAUCUUGCCAAGCGUAGAGGAAGAAUCAGAAAACUCCUGCAUUGCUGUUUGACCACCCUAAUGCUCUGUGCUUGCCUUUGUAUAUUCUCUAAUCUGUUUAAGGUAUAAUAUUAAUGACAUAGAGCUUUAAUUCAUAAGUAUAGACAAUUAAAGGAGACCAAAGGCAAAGUACAGAAAUGUGUUUGUCAAGAUUAAGUUCAGUGAAGCAUAGCGAAGAUGGAACAGAUUAUUACAAGAACUUGGAGGGAAGAUAGAAAAUCCACCGAAAUCUCUCAUUUUGAAAGGAAUUGGUUUACUUGAUUAUUUGCAACUCCCUCACACUCAGGAAAAUCUAAGACAAAUGAAAGCAAAACACAAUUUAAUUGAGCUAUUAUUUUGCAGACUUUGGCUUGGUUUCAGACAGUCUAAUCAAACUGUGCGUUGCUCAAACAACUAAUGUUAAAUGCAGCCUACCAACAGAUGUUUAAAAAGAGUCUCGUUGGAAAAUCUGCAUCCUGGAUUUAGUCUGUCUUGUUGAAAAAAAACAUAGCUGCAAAUUUAUAUUUUCGAGGACGACACCCAGUGACAAGCAUUUCCAGAAAAGAUAAAGUUUUCUUCAAGCAUGCCUGGUGCCUUGGGUAGAAUUAUCUUGAAUAGUCAAAGGUGGCACUCUGGAAAUUAAAUUUCUUGGAAAUUCUCCAGCUCUGUGCCAUACAGAGCUGUGCAGAGAAAUCUCCUUUAUCACAUUACGUCACCGGAGUCCUGUUGCAAUCCCUGGAUCGUGUCAGGGGCCCGUGUGCUAUAAUUUAUAAUGAGCCCCUCCAAGUCCUGCAAGGCACAUACUGAUUGAUGACAUUUAAAGGUACUGUCAAGGUGGCUAGGUAAUGAACUUGACCUUCCUCUGUCGUCUCAGUUUCAAGUUUGUACAUAUAAAGAGACUAUUUCACCUGCCAUGUUUGCUUGGAACUUUUCUUUAAAUGUACAAAAGGAAUUUGGCUUAAGAGUUAACUCUUUUUGGGGUGCCUGGGUGGCUCAGUUGGUUAAGCGUCCGACUUCGGCUCAGGUCAUGAUCUCACAGUUUGUGGGCUUGAGCCCUGCGUCAGGCUCUGUGCUGACAGCUCGGAGCCUGCUUCGGAUGCUGUGUUUCCCUCUCUCUCUGCCCCUCUCCUGCUCACACUCUGUCUCUCUCUGUCUCUCAAAAAUAAAUAAAUGUAAAAAAAAAAAAAGUUAACUCUUUUCUUCCUUUAGACCAGGGGUCAGCCAACUUCUUCUGUAAGGUCUAAAUCGUGAAUAUUUGUGGCUCUGCGGGCCAUCCUGUUUCUUUGGCAAUGUUUACUCUGCAAAAGCAGCCAUAGACAAGACCUAAAUAAUGGGCAUGCUCUAUUCCAAUAGAAAUUUGUGUGGACGGUGAAAUGUGAAUUUCGUGAAAUUUUCACAUGCCAUGAAACAUUCUUCUUUUGAAUUUUUUUUCAACUCUUUAGGAAUAUAAAAACAAUUCUUAGCUCAAGGGCUCUACAGACACAGGUGGUGGACUAGAUGUGGGCUGUAAUUUGCCGACCUCUGCUUUAGAUGACCAGAUAAGAUCUUGCAGUUUGCUCAUUGAACAAAGUUGCCUGGAUGAAGCGUCUAGCAAGGACUGCAGUCUCGCCAUCGUUUAGGAAGCUUUGUGCCUGACGUGCACCUGGACGUGCAUCUACUUGGAGGAAGGGGCAUCUUUCUCUACCUUGCACUGUGGUCCCCCCCAACACCCAGUUUAUCUUCUUUUAUCUCGUCUUAGUCUGACAUCUGUCUACGCAGUGCGAUACACGUGAGGGUAAAACUAGUAAUUCGGGGGAUGCAGGGAAACAGACUUGGCUGCCAGGGCCUUUGCUAGACCAUGCCACAUACUUGUAUGAAACUGAUGAAAGCAGUGCUUUCAAGACCCCUUACUCCAGUCUAUCAGAGUACUUUCGUCAUGUGUCUGACUUGAUUACAUCAAAGGACUUCACUGCCAUCUGCCAGAAAAACGUCUUCUAGAUCUGUAGAUACUUUAUCAAUAGUUAAAUAGGUGUAGGAUGUCUGCAGUGUGAAUGGCUCCCCUUGAAUCUACGAUGUAAUGGCACUCCUUCCACAGGGGGCCCUCCUGCUGUGCUCAAUCAUACGCCGAUGCAGAUUUUCUCCAUCGUUUGCAUUUUGAAUCCAAGCAUGUCUGAUUUUGACAAAGUGACUUACCUCCAUAAGUCUCGGUUUCUUAUCUACCAGAGAUUAGUCAGUGGUUCUCAACCCUGGAGGCACAUCAGAAUUAAUAUAAUUUUUAUCAUCUUCAAGAUCUAGGUCUCAAAGCUUUUUGAAAUCCUAGGUAGGUUCCUGAACUCUGUUGAAGAAGAAUCUUGGGAUAGGGCCCAAGCGUGGGUAUGUUUCAAAGCCUUCACGAGUGCUUUUCGUGCACUCCCAUGGUUGAAGACCACUUGUCAAGGUGACAGUUAAGUUCUUUGCCAGCUUGAAAUCUCAUUGUCUCUUUCAUUGUGGUUUCACUUCAUCUCUUCCCCAGCCUCCCCCUAGGGUAGUAGAAGUGAACUCUCUGACUGUAUCUAACCAAUGUGCGCCAUCUGUGGUCAUCAGAAAAUGUUAAGGAAACCUUGGUCAAGACUCUUGGCUUUGGCCUUUGGGUAUUCGCCCAGGGCAUAGCAGUGGACAGGAGGCUGAAUAUUAUGGAACAAAUAGGUAGGCCACCCACCAUAUUAACCUUUGGGUCCAUUAGAGAGGUCCAGGAAGUGAAGACAAAGGAUAAUCCAGCUGGUAUCCUAUUGAAGGUCUUUCUGGGGAUUUAAAAUACACCGCUCAUCUUCCUGUCUCUAUGCAGUUGUGCACUUCUACUUUAGAACGGACUGGGAGACUCCAUUUUUACAAUACGUGCCAAUUUUUAUGAUCUUUCCAGGGCAGCCCAAAUUGGGAAAUACUGUAAGUGUCACAAGAUCACUAACUUGAUUUCCUACCAAAGUCGUUUGGAUACCUUUCAGGUAAGUGUUGAAAUUGGCCUACAUGCCAGAGUCGCACCUGGUUUCUAGAAGUUUAGGGCAUACCUCAUUCAGGAACUCGAAUGUUAUUUAAAACAUGGAGUCUGUGUUUACCCAGAGCCUUUCUUCUUUCAGUUUUCUAUAAACAAAUACCAGCUCUGCUCCUUUUGCAAAAUACAGAAAGAAAAUCUACCAACAUGGAACCAAAAAGGCGAACUGGGUUUCUUCCACCCCUGUAUGUAUUCCCAUAUUCAUGUUUGACUUCACUUUUUACAAAUAGAAGCCGCUUCAUUCUGCCACUGUUUGGGGGAAAUUUGGGGACUGUUAAUUGUUGAGGGCAAAACAGUCUGACAGCAGCCUGGUCAAUGAAGUCCACAGGGCCUUUGGGGCAGUUUCUUUAAGGUAACACUAGCUGUUUGAGGCCUGAAUAUCCACCAUCUAACAGCAAGUAACCAAUCUGACUUUUUUUUUUUUUAACACAAUUUACCAAUUGGCGUUCCACAAAAGAGAGAUUAUAUUUUUUGACUUAUGAACAGCAGGUCAGACAUUUCAAAGAAAAUUUAGAGAGCAGUAAUUUUGAAAAUGUACACAGAUGAAUUUGAAAAUAAAUAUUUCACUGCCUACACAGCUCUAUUUAGAAUACUGGCUUUGGAAAUGUAUUCCAGAAGCCUUACCAUUUUGCAUGACACGGUGUCAGUUCAUGCACAAUAUAUUAAUGCUUAAUUGAAGAUAAUGUAACUCAGAUCAAAGGCAUAAUUCACAGGCUUGCAGAAACUCUUACGGAGAUCAGGAUUUUGACUAAUAGAAGUCUGGACAAAACUGGUUUAUAAAAGGAUCUCAAGACCAGCUGAGCCUUCAUCUUUCUGCUCAGCUGAUGGUGACAAGACUGGAAAUGAGUGAUACCAGAGUGGGUGGACAAGGAUUGCCCUCAUCUCCACCAUUCACCACAACCCCCUUGGCCACCAAAUUCCCUGCUUUGGCUCCCAGCUGGCCUCUGGAGCUGCUCGACUCUAAGGCUCUUGAAUAUCUCAUUGUCUACAACGAGGGUUUAAUUUCCAUCAGUGUCACGAUAUCUGCAUUGCUCUGGGAACUUUAACUUGAAUAUGAAGCAUGUGAGCUCUCAGCAGGCCUUAGAACGGAGCUUGGCAAACAUAGACCUGAGCGCCAAAUCCUACAGCUUGUUUCUGUAGGACGCACAAGCCAUUUAUAUUUUUAAAUGGUUGAAAAAAAUCAAAGGAAGAGUCACAUUUCAUGAAACAUGAAAAUUCCACAAAAUUCAGAUUUCAGGGUCCACAAAUAAAGUGUUUUUGAAAUAGAGCCAUGCUCAUUAAUUUUGUCAAUUCUACUUCCUACCUGGCCCUUUACAGAAAACAUUUGAUUUGACUCCAGACUUGGAAGUUUGUUUGGGUUUGGUGUUCAGGAUAUCUUUGGGAGGAAAAGCUUGGCUAUCUAGCUACUUAACUCAGUUUACAGAGAAACAAAGGGAAAGACAAGAAAACUUUUUUUUUUUUUUGGUUUUGGUUUGUUUUGUUUCUACCUAAUGUUGGAAAAAAAGCAGAGCAAGGCUUCAAGGGAAACUGAUAGAAAACGAAGUUAUUGGAAGCCAAGACCACAGCAUUUUGACGAGAAGAUGAUUGAUCUUUAUUAUAAUCAUCACCAACAAGAUCUAAGUCUCAUUUUGAUCUCUAUUAAUAUAAUUAUUAUCUUCAUCAAGAUCUAGAACUCAUUUGGUAUUAAAAUUUGGUUGAAAUGAUACAGCGAUUCUAUCUGACAGCAAGGCCCCGGGGGAUAGAUAUGAACUUAGAGGAUUGAGUCAUUCAUUUACCCAUUUAUUCAUUUAUCCAUAUUAACAUUUCUUAUAUACCUAUUGUGAACUGGACCCCACUUAGCCCUGGAGUACAGAACUGUUCUUAUGUCAAAGUUGAAACUGCACAGAGGGCAUUAAUACAAUAGAAUAAAUGUGCUAACAGAUGUAAAUAUAGGGAACUUCGGGAACAUAAAGGAACAGGGCACUUGAAACGUGACUAAUGCGCCUGCAGAAUUGAAUUUUAAAGUUGUAUUUACUUUAAAUAGCCUCACAUGAGACCGGUGGCUACCAUUUGGGACAUUGCAAAUAGAGAACGUUUCCAUCAUCAUAGAAAAUUCUGCUGGACAGUGCUAUUUGAGAAUUUUCUUUGGCUUUUGAAACAUUUUGGUGAAUGUAGUCCGAUGAAAGAUCAAAAAGUCACCUCUUUUAAUGUGGCUUUUUCAUAUAGCCCCAAAGUGUAUCUCUCUUGAGUCCUUGCCACGUAGUAGAUUUUCUCCAUCCUUCUUUUACUGUAUUGCCGUCAGGUCAGGACAGUUCUCCAGUAAUCACUGGGAACAUCUAGUGUCUCCAUUUUUCUCCCUUGGAGCUUAAGUUUUUCCUCCAAAUAGGAAAAAAAGAAAAUCCAAAGACCUGGAAGCUUCACUGGCGGAAACCAAGCCAAAUUCCCUCCCCCACGGUGAACCACAAGACCCUUUGAAAACUGACGAUUAUUUUUAUUUGUGUAGACUUAAGAUGGAAAUAAGAACUUCAAAAAGGCAUUUGAAAAAUACCCUUCUCACCAAAAAAGCUUAAAUCAUUUCCUCUGAAAGUUUCCUUCUAUCGAAGGUUUGCUUUGGUCCCACAGACCAGCCUCCUCCUUUCCUCAGUUUGAGGGGGAGGAAUGUGACCUUGAGUUUCCAUUGAUACUGCUCUUAGGGUCCCACAAGGGUCCUUGUUCUUUCCGUUUCUCUCAAAGGCAAGGACUGGCACACCCUGGUUUCCUGUUGGCUUUUAUAAAGCCAAAUCCUUAAACUUCGUUUCCUGCAUCCAAAUCCUGUUCAUACAUGUGCUUCUCAUACCUGCCAAGCAGGUGUGAGCUUUAUUGGUCUUUGUUAUUGGUCAACAAUAUGAUAAAAACAAUCAUAUUUCCAUUUAGACUAAUAACAGUAAUAGUAAUAGCAUGAAGUUCAUUGACUGAAUAUGUCGAGUGGUUAGGGAAAAGCUUGUGGUUGCCCUUCAUCUCUAGCUUAAGCUAGAUAUUGAUGAGGUGGACCGUAGAGCUUGGCUUUCAAGACCGUGGAAGGAAAUAGACCCAAAUUAAAAAACUAUUAUUUAUCAGUUGUAUGUCCAAGUUAGCUUGCUUCUAAAUUUCUUCUGUAAAAUAGAAGUAUCUACCCAUCAGAUUAUAUUGGAAGACGCAGUUAAAAAUGGUUACAUAUGUUAAUUAUAUAUCCAUGUCAGAUAUAUAAGGUGAUACAUCACAUUUAGAAUGUUGCUCACUCUUGUAGCCACUGUUCUAAUCAACGCAUUGUGAAGUUGAUUGCAUCUUACCACUUGUGCGAUCCUAGGCUUGGCCUGCCCCCAAAGAAUUGGAAUUUUAUGUAGUAUUGAGAUUAUUUUCAAUGGCUGUAGGUGGGCAGAGAAUGGCAGUUUUCAUCUCCUACCUGCAUUUUCAGAGAAAAUUACAUUUAGAAUGGUCAGAGUUGUAUCGUCAUCUCUCGAUCUUCCAUAUAUACUAGGUGAAUUGAAGACUCUUCAGCCAAAGAAUUGAUGAAUUGAUGUUCACAUCUGUAGGUCUUCUCUACAGGGGGUACCUCUCUUCUGAUGGCAGAAUUAGCUGUGCCUGCUGAGAAGAACACACAGGGUGUGUGAUGAUUAUUCUGCCCCCACUGUGACUCCCUCUCCGUUCCCCUCUCCAUACUAAGGAGGAAGUUGUACAGUUAUAUUCUCUUUGACUUUAUAGUUAACACGUGUACCGCGAGGACCAGGGAAUGCUCUCAUUUCCUUGUAAUUGCUACUUUUCUUGCUCUCGAUGUGUUGGGAAGGAAGAAGGGAUUUUCAAGCCCUGUCUUGAUGAAGCCUUCUGGUCAAAGUUGACAUGUUUCCCUUGGGGACCAAGUAAUUUGUUACUCUUCAUUGCCCUGUCCCCUUUUCCCCCAAGGGUGGUUCUCUUCACACCUGCAGAAGACUCGUUCUUUCACUUCUGUAUUAGCACAUUAUUUACUGCAUUUGUGAAAAAAGCGACAAAUGUUUUCUAACAGCCAUCCUGACAACUUUGGUACAAAGAGGGCAGCGCUGUUUGUGAAAAAGCAUAGGCUUGUCCAACAAAAAAUAUGAAAGAAACUUAGGAAGUGAAAUUCAUUGAAAAUAGGAAUUUCGAGAUUUAUGUUACUUAUGAUAGGAGAAGAACAAGGGAAGCACAAAUUGAUUCUCCAAUAAAGACUGCAAGCUAAUGGUCCCCAGGCUAGACGCUAUUUAAUUUGCCCACAGGAUAUUUGACAUCUUGUGGAGUUAUUUGCAGAGGUUAAACAGUCUGGAAUUUUUCCAUCAAAAUACCAUUUUCCAGCUUUUCCCUCCUGCCCCCCCCCCCCCAAAAUUCGGUACCUCAAGCAACAUUCCUGUAAAGCGCCAGUCGUAGAGCUGAGAAAUGCUCCCCCUUUCUACCUUGCCAUGGACUUCAGAUAACCUGCUUACUUGUUUCAGUUAUCAACGUGUGUCUGCUCUAACAUCUCUUUUAAGGGGCCAAAAGCUUUAGUAACAGAUGCAAGGUAGAGCCUGGGAGGGCUUUACUGUUCUGUAACAGGCCAGCUACAGCCAAUGGACUUGGGAGUUCUAGGUUCUUUGCGUCUCUGCAUCUGAUGAUAGAUUUGAUGUCUUGCUGUAGCUGGUCGCCAGUGUGAAAAUGGGAACACCCCUUUCUUAACUAGGACUCUGUGUAGUGAGGAUUCCCCUACGGCAAGGAUGAUAUAGGUUUUCCCUUAUGAGGUCUGGAAACUCUGUUACCCCCAAACUUAGUGUCCUAAAACAACGACGUUAACAUUAAUUAUUUCGCACAUUUUCUGUGGGCUAGAUGUACGGGAGUGGCUUAGCUAGGUAGUCUGGCUCCUAGUCUCCCAUGAGAUUACAGUUAAAAUGUGACACUGGAGCUUGACUGAGGCUGGAGGAUCCACUUCCAAGAUGGCUCUCGCAUGUGGUUUUGGCCGGAGCCCUCAGUUCCUCGUGCUUAGGGUUGCUUUAGAGUGUCACAGCAUGGCAGCUGACUUCCCCAGAUUGAUCCAAGUCCUUCGGGACCUAGCUUUGGACAUCACAUACUGUAACUUGUGCCAUAUUUAUUGGCCACAGGGACCAGCCCUGACAUAGUGUUGGAGGAGACUACACAAAGCGCGAAUACCAGAUGGUGGGAAUCUUUGGGGCUGUCCGAGAGGCCGAGUACCACCAACAGUAACCUUCCCAACAGCCCUAUUUAGAGUUAUUGCAUGAGUGACCCAGCAUAACAGCUAGUAAUAUGUGACAUCCCUCAGCUGUGGUGGACGGAAAAAAAGGUUAAAGGCAAGCAUGUGGCCUGAGCCCUGAGCACUGGGGCCGUGUUGGUUCAACGCCGUUGGUGAAAGAGUAUUGUUCACCUCAUUAAAAGAUUUUCCAGUGACUAGUAAGAAAGAAAGAUUGAUGAAAGAAGAGACUAAAGGCAUCAAGAUACUUGAGGAAUUAGAUUUCUUUCUCAAGUUCUCCAGACUUCCUCCAGUCUUUCCCUGGUGAACAUUGAGAGGCCGCCUAUUCUCACAGUUGUGAGACCUUAGAAGAUAAUCUGCAAGUGAUUUUAGGGCCAAAUAAGUAGCUCAUUAGUUCUAUCCAACUGCCCCUCUAGUGUCUCAGAGAUCAUGGGCAUUAUUGGGAUGAUUUUGCGUGUGCCAUGGCCAGUUAUGCAGUUAGGUCGUCAGGUGGAAAGUAGAACAAGCCUUUACAGAGACUCGAGGAGAUGUUCAUCAGGUUCCCUGCACAACAUUUGACAAACGAUUGGGUGGCUGUGUCAACCUAGACACUCUACCAGGAACCUCAGGUAAACAGCAGAUGAAGCAGAGAGAGUCCCGGAACUCAUAGAGGUUAUAUUCUUAUGGGAUGUUAACCCAGUAAGGAAAAAGAAAGUAACCAGCAGAUGUCCAGUGAUAAUGAAAACAACGAAGAACGCAAAGCUGGUGAAAAUGAUGUAGACAGUGGUAAUGAGAUUCUCAUGUUCAGUUGGUCGCCCAGGGAAGACCUCUUCGAGACUGUUAAGUAGAGACCUCGAUCACGUGAGGGGUUGAGUCUUGCAAGUAUCUGGAAGAAGAAUAUUUCAGAUUAAGGGCACAGCAGGUGGAAAAGCCCUAGGACAGAGACAAACUUGGGUGUGCUUUCCACGAGCCAAGGAGGCUCACCCAUAUACUGAUUCUGAUUGUUGGCUUUGCUGUCUUGACCAUAGUCUUGCAGUCCUGUCUUAUUCUCUUCUUUAAAGAAAUACUGGACAAGGUUCACUUGGGGAGCGUGUUUUGCUGUGGUGAGUUUGUGUGUAUUUCCCCUUUUUCUCCCCACAGAGCUUUUUGCAAAAUUUAUGUAUGCAAACAGGUAUUUUUGUUUGUUUCACUUGAGUUGCUUUUGCAUAAUGUAACAAGCCCAUGAUUUCACAUGUACAGUAAUUCAUAGAAAGUGAUAGUCAUCUUGCUUAGACACCUUGGUUCUCAAAACUAGCUUGCUAAAUAUAGUACCUUCUCAGACCCAUAUAAGAUGCCAUAAAAAAAAGAAAAAAUAAAGGUCAAAGUUUCCCCACCCACGAAUUUGGUUAUAAAAACAGCAAAGCAGGGUUUUUCUGAACUUGAAUCAGUAAAUUUUUAAUUUAAAUAGUAUCCUGUUUUGACAAAGUGCUAAACCACGGCAGUCUCAGGGAGACACUGUUAAGCUUUUGUCAGUGCCUGCUGGCAUCUCUCAACAGGAAACUUGGGAUGGCUUUUGUUGUCAUUUUGUAAUACACUGGCAAGGAAUGGGUGCCCUUAUUUGCUGCAUCCGGGAAAUGGACAGAGGAGCUCUGGUGCAGCUCAAGCCUGUUUCCAUUAGCUUUACUACAUGGCGUAACCUUGUGCCAUACAAAGCCUGUAUUGUUUCUUUUGUUCAGUUCAACAAGAGCUUUCUGCCUUUACUAGUCAGCAGGCUGCCAGAGUGAGACACAAUGUGAUGUCACACAGACUCUACUCCCUGACCCACCCAACAAAGAACUGAGCCUGCAACCUUUUCCGAUCUUGGUGUUACGAUGUGAUCAGUGGUACAGUUCACCUCUCGGGGCCCUGAACGGUUCCUGAAUGGCCUGGACCUCCCGAAGAAAUCCGAGGUGCUGUAAGAGCUCUCUGCUGGAGUUCAUUCCCAGCUCUCUUCUAUCUCAGUUUGUUGCAUGUUGAAUAGUAAGUUGCAUUUUACUGUAAAGGUGACUGCAUUUUUCUUAUGGGGCCUUCAGGGUAAACAGCCGUUAGUUUCCAUCUGUGAACACACAUGUAGCUUGUGUUUGGGUAGGGUGCCUGGUGCUUCCGAAGUCAUUAUUUCUCUGUAAUGUUUAUGCUCCGUGGUUGUGCAUAGAUAGAUUCUAUGCCCCAGUGCCGGACGGAGAGGUAGCCUGUAAUUCCCGCUGAAUAUGUUACACUUGAAAGUAGACCAGAGUGGGAGCAAGAGAUGGAUCGAGCAAAUAGCUUUUAAUUCUACGUAAAUUGGUUUUCGACUUUGCUCUGGGGCAGAAGUUUGCAGCCCAGGGUCACGUUAGAUGUCGCUCAUGAUCUGGAAGAGAGGCGUUCCUUGGUGAGUGUCGAGCAAGACAGAACUCGGGAUUUCAGCCCUGCCUCUCAGUGACUGACUUGGGGAAAUCGAAGAUGGCUUGUCUAGCCAGCCACUGCAGCCCUUCUCUCUCUACCAGCCAGAGAAACUGAAGAUCGGAAGAAGCAAACGACUAUUCCAGAUUCUCCAAGGAUAAAAUUAGCAUGACAUUUAUUAAAUGUCCCCCCCCCCCCACACACACACACUCUUUUCUUAAUAAAUUGCAUAAUAAUGACACUGGUAUGUUGCGUUGUCACAUAAGGGUGAAUCAGAAGAUGCUCUUUGAGGCAAGGCACACACAUUUCUUUCAUAUGGAAUGAACCCCCGGCCCUCAGUGGGGAAACUAUAACUGCUGGGGUGCAGAGAGGGGAGAGCCUUCUCUUUUGCCUCUUGCCCAGAGCCGGGGAUGUGCGAGAGGCCAAUUGCCGACACGAAGCGGUACUUUAAUGCACGGAGAAGGCAAUCACGAAGGAUUUCAGUCUGAUAUCUUUAGUUCAAAUUUAAGAAUCGUUGGCCAGCACCAUCAGGAUUAGCCCAAACUUUAAAGGUAUAGAGAACUAUGUCUGAAUCCUCACCUGCCCUCUGACCUUGGACAAGACAUUUAACCUUUUCACUUUUGUUCCUGUGUCUAUGAAAUGGCUGUCGAAGAUACCUCCCUCUCAAGCUUAAGGGAAGGACCAAAUGAAAACCAGAACAUAAAGCAUCCAGCCGAGAUACCCAACGUGAGACGCGUACUUACCAACAGAAGAUGCUAAUAAUGUUAUCAGAACUUGAUGGAAUUGUUUACAAUGACUUUAAAACACCAAGUUAAUAUUCAUAUUCAUUAUUAGUAAGAAUCUUGAGCCAUAGGACCGCACUCAGCUUUGGCUAGAAUUUCAUAGUAAAGAGACAGUAAGUGAAAUUUUGGAAUGCUGAAUAUUAGUGAGUUUAAGUGGAAAAGCUCACUGGGAGGGAAAAAAAAAAAAAAAACAAAAGUAGCUCUGAGUUGUUGAUGAGCUGGAGAGAAAGUACAACAGCCUAGAAAUGAGUGGAUUUGGACAAGAUCAUUGAAUUAAAUACACAAGCCACCGAUGUAGACAAUUUAUUUUAUGCCCAAAUCUGUAUAUUUAAACAAUGAUUUUAAAUUUUAAAAAGCAAUUUUAUAAUGGAGAAAACAAAGCCUUUUAAAAAAUUAUUUAAUGGGAGGUAAUCCAUUAAAAACCUAUCCAAUGAAAGUGGCCUGGUCUCAGUGAGUGAUUUAAAACAUCAUGGAUACACAGUGGAUACUUCGAAAUGGGCCACCAUGAAGACAGAAUGUAUUUCCCUGGCAUGUAUAGAUUACAAUACAGUGGUUCCUAACGUAUUUUGUAAAUCAUCUAUUGCCACACUCCAUGAACGUAUGAUUGUCUCAGUUUGGCAAAUGGGACCUACAAAGACACAGAAACUGUCAUGUCAAAUUUUAAAAAAGGGAAAAACAGACCCAUGAGUGAGGAAUCAGUUUAAAAGGAAGGAAAAAUGGUGAAAGAAUUUUGAGUGAAAUCCCAUCAGACCAAAAAGUCUUCAUUUUACUUUCAUCAUGAGACCAUGGGGGUAUUUCCUUGUAUUUUUUUUUUAAGGUGGUGAAAAUAUCUUGAAGAAAUUCCCAGGGCUUGUGUCUAGAAGACACUUAGGUUUAAAGUGAUGGUUCAGGCGUAUCUUGAUAAGAAACUUGUAAACAUGGGUGAUUAAAAGAAAAAUGUACAUGUGUUAAAUUGAAACCUAGUGAUUGAUGCGUGGCUGGGACAGUUUGAGUGUAAUUAGGGUUGACUUGGGGAAUCCCUUCCAGAACAGCAUCACAUGAACCAAGAUCUACGACUGCCACUGUAUGCUUUUUACUUGAGUGUUUCCCUCUUGGUAUGCUUUUUAAGGUUGAUUGGAAGUAUUAAUAUAACUACUUCCUAAUCUCCUUCUGGAAAGAGGUACCUGUAUUAGUCAGAACCUUUCCACAUGUAAAUGUCAGAACCCAACUCAGACUGGCUAAUGAUGGGUUGUGGGGAUGUCUAUGGACUUGAAAGUUCCACAGUUAGCCUGGCCUCACACACAGCUGGGACCAGGCACUCAUAUAACGUCACCAGGACUCGGUCUAGCUCCCUUUGUUUUCUGUUCUGCUUUCUUUUUAUGUUGGUUUUAUUCUCUGUCAGAUUCUCCAUUUGCUGAGCCAAGAUGGCUUCUGAGAGCCCCAGAUUCACAUAUGUACUAUUGAUCAACCCCAGCAGAAAAAAGAAUAUAUCUCUUACUCAUUAAUUGUAACAGAAGUCUGUGAAUUGACUGCAUGACUUGAGUAAUCUACACUUGGUCCAGUCACUGUGGACAAGGGGAUGGGAAUAGGCUAACAGGCUGGGAUGAAGCCAUUUGCUUGCCUCCAUAUUCCCCCUGGAUAAAGUUGGCUCCACUAAAAUCACAUAGAUCCAGAAUAAACAAGGGACAAAUUGUUGUACCUCAGUUUUCUUUUUAGAAGAUAGAGAAGGGUGCCACAUAGACAUUUUACCCCGUGUCAUCUUAAAGAGAGUAAGGCCUGCCAUAUUGUUAGUGUUUAGCCUGUCAACAAGUGUAAUGGAAAAAAUGACUUCCCUGAGAGUUGGACAACUUGGCAUUCAAUCCAUAUUCUUUGUCUUACUGCUUGUAAAGCUUGGGAGAACAGUAUAAUACAUUUCCUAGGACUUAGUGUCCUCAUCAGAAACCAGAGAUCCUUGGCCUACGAUAUUUCUGCAAGUCUUUGGUUGCUGGAAACUCUAUACUUCAUAUUUAUGUUUCAUCCUUGUAGUGAUUUUCUUACUCUACCCAUUUCGUGGACUGGUAUGUUCUAGACAUUGAGCACUGUCUGAUAGAAUUUUCUACAGUGGUGGAAAUGUUGUAUGUCUGCAUGUCCAAUGUGGUAGUUAUUGGCCACACUGGCCUUUGGGCAGCUCAGAGGUGGCCAGUAUGAUUGAGAAUGUUCAAUUUUACUUUCUUGUAAUUAAUAUAAACUUACCUAGCUAUAUGUGGUAGCUAGUGUCUACCCUAUUGGACAGCUCAGCUCUAGAUUAAUGGCUCAGCAGAGCUACGUGGAUUUGAGACAAGUGACAGCAGAAGAGAAGUUAAAUCUUGACAUCCUGUGCCCUUUGUGAGUGAUGAUUAAGUGUAGUUUUCAUUCACAGUUUGCAGUUACGAUAAAAAGCACUGCUCAUUCCAACAAAUAGAGAAAGACCAUGGUCUCCUUAUGUAUCCCCCUACCAAAAAAAAACCCAAAAACAACCAGAAUUGUCAAGUGUUGGAGGUUGAUUCUUUAAUUUUUGUGGCUCCUCAUGUCUCUGCCCUGCCAGGUGGUGUGGAACAAUGGAAAGAAUGCUUAGUUAGGAGUCAGAAGUUUUGGGUUCUAGGGCUGCUUCUGCCAGUAACUGCUUAGAUGUCUGACCUUUGGCUAAGACAUUUUUCCUUCUUGGGUAUGAGUUUUCUCAUCUGGAAAAUGAGGGGGUGGGAUUAAAAUGAUCUCUCAAUCUAUUCCAGAGAAAAGUUUCUGUGAUUCUAACUUCCUUCCGUCGUUCUCAUGGCCAGGAUGGUGGCUGAGAAGCCUCCCUGGGUCGUCCCUGUCAGUAUAGCAGAUUUCAAGAAACUGGGAGCUACCUUGGACCAUUCCAGCAUAUGAAUGGUGGGGUGUUGUAACACUCCUCAGAUUCCCAUCGGAUCUGGAAGGACCCUGAGAAGAGUCCAUUUUUGCUUCCAUUUUGUGGAGUGUUCUCAUUCAAGAUAAAUCAAGAAGAAAAUUAAUAGCAGGUAGCAUUAGGAAGUGCAUCCUUAAUUUAAAAUUUAGUUACGUGUGGUUGUAUUACUUCGUGAGUUGAAAAUGCUUCAGAGAGGGUGUUGGCCAAAGUGAAGAAUAUCGAGUGAAGGACAAAGAGACAGGUUGUUAUCCCAAGUGAGCUUGAGAAGGUAGUUCAUCGUGUAAAAUAACAACCGCUGCUUUUUGGUAAGCCUGAAAAGGGAAAUUCAGAGAGAAUACGACUUUUCUUUGGUACCAGGGAACUUAGAGUUAAAGAAGGAUGUUUGGAGUGACUUCAUCUGGGGAAGGUUGGAUUUUGAAGGAGGAGAUGAAUCACAAAUGAAGAGAAAGAGGAAGGGAAGAACAUUGGCCAGAUUUGCAAGAGCAGGUAGGAGGAUCUGAAGUGUUCCAAAGGACAGUGUGGUAGGAUGUGUCAAACCAGUACAGAGGGAGAGAGGCAUCAGCUGGGGCUGAAUAGAAAUAAGAUGUUUAUUUGGUGAUUUAAUUUUGAUGUUUGGUAAUGACAUGUGCUAAUUGUGCUGUUAUCGCGUGAGAAGGUGGCAGCAUUAAAACGCGUACUGGUGUGGUCCUGCUCCUGAACUCCCAUUGUAAAUAACCGUUCCUGUGCCCUUUCUCCACAGGAUCAUUCAGACACGGUUGCAUCUUGUAGCUUUAUUUUUAUUUUUUAACUGGCUAUCUUUAUGUAUGGGAACAGUCAUCUCCAGAGAUACAUUUUCAUUUCAGAAAACUUCUAAAGGUGUUAAUUGCAUUUUUCAAAACUCUUAUGUAAUUAUUUAAAAUUAUUCUACCGGCACCAUAAAUCAGAACUUUUCCCAUUAUAUCGCCAAGGAACAUUUAUGACCUGUUUAGACAGUUUUGAUUUAUAGGUUUAGGAAACAAGAAUGUAGAAACCAUUGCCAGGUUUUAAUUUGGAAAUUUCUUCAGCCACGUCUGUUUCUACGGAAAGGAGAAGAGGAAAGCUGGUAGGGGAGGUGCUGGGGGAAGCGUAGCCCCCACUAGUAAGAUAAGAGGUAUAAAAACCCCACUUGGGGUCCUGCUUCGAAACGGGUGAUCAGUGUGUCUUUCACAUGUUGUGUAGUUUUUGCCGGCAUUAUUUUUUUUAUAUUGAUUUAUUUAUUUUGAAAGAGAGAGAGGGUGCACACCUGCGUGAGUGGGGCAGGGGCAGAAAGAGAAAGAGAGAGAGAUUGCCAAGCAGACACCCGUCUGUCAGCACAGAAGCACAAAACCCGACACGGGGCUUGAUCUCAUGAACCGUGCGAUCAUAUCCCGAGCCAAAAUCACGAGUCGGACCCCUAACAGACUGAGCCACUCAGGUGCCCCUGUUGCCAUUAUUUUCAAAAGCUGGUUUCAUGUGAUGGAACCUAAUUCUCAAUGAGUUAGUUAUUUAAGGUUCUAGACCUCCGUUGCCUCAUCUAUAAAAGAGAGGCUAAUAAUAGGAUCUCUUCACUGGAUUGUGGUAAAGAUGAAGUAAGUUCACUCAUCUAUGCAUCAGCAACAUUUGUUUAUGAGGUGCCUCCUGAGAUCCAGGCGCCGUGUCAGGUGCCACCUGAGGGUGGCGGGAGGAACCUGGCCUCUCCAAGAGCGUUCAGUUUGGAACAGAUGGUAGAUAUGAAUAACACCUAGCAUGGAACAGGUGUCGGUAACUGUCAGAUGAGGACAAUAGCGUCGUACCGUAGAGUUGCGAACCACUGGAAUGCACACUUUUAGCAAACUGAUUUCAGUACAUCUCAGAUCAUGUGAUUCGAGGCAUUCCAGGGGGACAGAAAUGGUGUGUGUCCAGGAAGGGUGAGGAAGAGUUAAUAUUUGAAGGUGAAGAAUCACGAUUAAAAAACAAAACAAAAAAAAAGGUCUCAGCUGGCUGAAAUUCUGGAUCAAAAUCAAAAAGAUCUUUCAUGGUGGGGGGGGGGGGGGCGCCUGGGUGGCUCAGUCGGUUAAGCGGCCGACUUCGGCUCAGGUCAUGAUCUCGCGGUCUGUGAGUUGGAGCCCCGUGUCGGGCUCUGGGCUGACAGCUCAGAGCCUGGAGCCUGUUUCGGAUUCUGUGUCUCCCUCUCUCUGACCCUCCCCUGUUCAUGCUUUGUCUCUCUCUGUCUCAAAAAUAAAUAAAACAUUAAAAAAAAAAAAAGAUCUUUAAUGGGAAUGAAUGCAAAGCCGAGACCACUGUGUGUGUAGUAAGAGCUCCAAUUUAACAGUAGUUCAGGACCGUUAGUUAGGGGAUGAUUGUAAAAUCGGUAGGAGCCAGUCGUGACCCGGUGGGGGCCCGGACACCAAGAAGUCUAAGUUGCAUUAAUACUGUAAUGAGGAAUCGAGUCUCUGUCCUCCUCUGGACUAGCCCGAUGGCACCUGACCCUCGGUGCUCGUUUCUGGAAGCUGCAUGUGAAGGGGGUUGCGGCAGACCAGAGCAGAUGUCAUCGAGUGUCAAAUGCUGGCGAUGCGUUUGGAACAAAACUGGAACUUCUGUAGCUUCAGAGGGAAGGGGCAGAACCAAGACUCUGAGACUGGCAGGAACGAGCAGAGGGACUGUGGGCAGGGCCGAAUGCCACCAGCUGUUGGGAUUAACUUGGCCCACAAGUGUGCAAUUCCCACAGUCCAGGUGACAGAAGAGAAACAGAGGUGAUGCCCAGCCCUACGUCUUCUGCUUGCGAAGAAAAGGUUUCAAGUUGCCUCUGUUUCUGACCGGCCAGUGACUCGUCCGAAGUGCAGGCUGUGGCCUCUCUGUAGGUUUCCCCUGACCUUUGUCUUUCUUCGUGGGGUUGGGCAAGAGGCAUCAGAGGCAGAGCAAAAUGGAGUGGGGAAACUGUGAGCAGUGAAAAUCGAAUUCUGGGGUGUUCCAGUGUUGACAGCAAUUCCGGGAAUUGCUUUUCCCACCCUUCCAGUUUUCAUUCCGGAUUCUUUUCAUGUGACCAAAUUAACAAGACAAAUGGAAGAUAGAGGACUUGUUUUUUUUAAUUUUUCAAUUUUGAGAGAGAAGAGAGAGAGUAGACGAGAGGCAGGGGGGACGAAAAAGAGAGAGAGAGAAAAAGAGAGAAUCUUAAUCCGGCUCCAUGCUCAGUGUGCAGCCCGUUGUGGGGCUUGAUCCCACGAUCCUGGGAUUAUGACCUGAGCUGAAACCAAGAUUCAAACACUCAACCGACCGAGCCACCCAGGCGUCCCGGAAGAUAGAUGAUUUUUUAAAAAUCUCGAUAUCUCUGUGUUGUCCUUAGUGACUGAAAUCUGAAGUGACUUGUGUAAUCCUUGUAUCAUACUUUGCAUUCAGUUUAUGUUUUAAAAAACUUUCAAAGAAUCUGAUUGAUCAUUGAUUGCUGUAUAUGGAGUGCAUUUUUGGAUGUGAGGUCAGUCAGUCAUAAAAUUGUGAUCAGUAAGAUCUUAGCCCCUCACUUGGCAAUAGAAAUGCUUCCUUGUGUUGACUGUGCAUGUUACAUACAGAGGUGUGUUAAAGGAAAAACGGAGACGUAUUGCAAUUUUUAAGAGUUUAUUUGAACUAAAAUCAAUUUGAAUUGGGCAGCACCCCAGAUACGUAGCAAGUAGAAAGGAGCUCCGAGGACCACUCCAAAAGGAAAGAUUUUUACAGGCUGAGGGAAGUGGGAAUAAAGAAAUUUGGUUAUUGGUUAUUGCAGGGUCCUUCCUGUAGGGGAUGGCAGGAGUCUGUUAGGCAGAUGACCUAACUAGUGCUAAUCAGGAGACUCGUGGAUUGACUGGUUUAAGACUCCAUUUCUCGGAGAGCUGAAAUUGUAAGUAAGUUACAUCUAUGUCAGUUUGGUGCCAUAGGGCUUAGUAAAAGUGAUCCCUUUUGGGCCCUGCCUUUUUUUUUUUUUUUAAACAGUUACUCCUUUUAAUCAGAUUCUCAGCCUGAGUGAUGCGAUCAAAAUUUAAGGCAUUGGUGAUACUCCCAGCUACUGCUCUGGACUUCUUGCAGUUUUUUAUUUUUGUAUGUUUCUUUUUUCCUCUUUUUUUUUUUCUUCUCCCUCCACACCCCAGAAUCUCAGUGUGGCAUUCAUAGGUCAUGAUGUCUUUUUGCUGAAUCUCUUUGUAGUAUUCACAGAUCAUGGUGUUAGGUUCACAUUCUUUAAGUUGGCCAUUCUCUUCGCUCCUUGUCUGAUGUUCUAGUCUUAGGGAGAUCAUUUGCUUGGUAGUCAGUGGCUGUGAACAUGCACAUAAAGCUUUUGAGAGAAUACAGCAUACCAGGGAGACUACUGUGAUCAUUAUCAGCAGGAAAAUGUCUAGAAUGUACUUUGGAGCCCAUGGCCUCCAAGACCUAAGCCAGUCAGAAUCAAGUAAGUAAAAUAAAGACCCUGUUGAAGGAGUCACUUUGUUAAGCCAGCUAGCUUGUUCAGUGAUCUUAUGUAGCCGAGUCUCAACUAACCCACAAGUGUUAACCCCAAGUGAAGCAAGUGGUGUUAGCCACAGCGCAAAUAUCUCCUGGCUCGAAUGAAAGAUAAUCAAUGGCUCUCCUAUUAUCAAGAACAACUUUGCCAGAGAUUUUUGUUGGGUAGGUAUUGUGUUAGCAGUAGGUUCAGGGAUGGUUGUCAGAGAUAAGGAGCAUGUGUUAACAGAAAGACAAAAAAAAAAAAAAAAAAAAAAAACCAAGUAGCAAAGAGGCAAAAGGAAAAAGGCUUUCAUAUCGGAGGUAAAGAUCUCGAUCUAUGACCAUGAAAGAGCUGUCCACUUCAAGAUGCCAUCUGCUUCUGAGAAGGAACUUUCUGAGUCAGUAAGUUUAGAUCUCCAGCUGGUGUGCCAUUCUAGGAGUCUGGAAGAACGCUUUUAAUUGGGAGGUGAGGACCCACGUUUCCACCCCCUGAAGUUUGACUGCUAUCUGGGUAGUAGGACGGACCUGAUACCGUCCCUUGCAGGAAGACUCAAGUGCAGUCUUUGUUCUUCAUGAUUCCCAAUCAUGAAGGUGGGAGAAGAUGAGAAAUACUAGUUUGGAGGAUUGUAGCCAGAUAUUUGAAGAAACUAGAAGAAUCCCAUAUCUAGUCCAGGUUGAUAGGUAUAUAUGGCAAAAAUUCAAAGACCAGGAACAAGGCUAGAAUCUAAUAUCCACAAGGUUGUGUUGUGAUUUUUCUACUGAAACAUAAUUUUUUUUCUCUGCAGUCACCCUCAUUUCUAUCAAAGAUUAUCACAGUAAAACUAAUUUGUUUAACAAAUAAGUCUAGUCUGGGGGCGCCUGGGUGGCUCAGUUGGUUAAGCGUCUGACUUUGGGUCAGGUCAUGAUCUCACGGUUUGUGGGUUCCAGCCCUGCUUCGGGCUUUGUGCUGACAGCUCAGAGCCUAGAGUCUGCUUUGGAUUUGUGUCUCCCUCUCUUUCUGCCCCUCCCCCACUCAACCUCUGUCUCUCUCUCCCUCUCUCAAACGUAAGUAAAUAUAUUUUUUUUAAUUUAAAAAAGUCUAGUCUCAUUAAACUUGGCCUGAUUAAAGCAGAAUAGCAAGAAUAGUGAUUGACCAUGUAGCCUCUCUUAAAAUCUGCUUUUCAUAAGGAAUUUUUUGUAAGGAAUCUUAGACUGGAUUUUAUAAGCCUCUCAAAGAUAAGAAGCCAACCCAAGUGCUCAACAUCAGACUUUUCCUGAAAUACCUAUAGAUGUGGGCAAAUUCCUGUCUUCCUGAGGUGUUCAAGCUGUCCUACAGUUCUUGAGCCUGCUCUGAAGUUAUGCUCUUCCUUACAAACCUGUUUAAAUUGCCAGGAGCCUUGUAAGUAAAGUACCAGGCCAGUCUUCCCAGGGACUUUAUUAGCUAUAUAAAGUCAACCUUAUUAGUUCCUUAAAACUGUCUCAUCAUAUUUGAUUCUAUCAACAUUCUCAAAUCUAACAUUCCAGUCAAAACCUUGGUAAUAUAAGCAUUGUUUCUAGUUGUGUCCAAGGAGCACAUGCUUUUAUUGAACUUAGGGAGGUAACUCUAUUGCCAUGAAAAUAAGAAUACUCAGUAAGUUUCCACAUUAUGGAGGGACCAAGUAGGGGGAAAAAGUAAAUAUUUAAAUUCUGUUUACAAAGGUAUACUUUACAAAAUCAUUGUAAGUCACAGAUGGCUUAAGAGAAAAGAGAAAAAGAUUUCCCUAAAUCUGGGGGCAACACCCUUCAGGAAGUAGCAAUGUUUUAAAGAAAAAGUCGUGUGUGUGUGUGUGUGUGUGUGUGUGUGUGUGUGUGUGUCUGUAUAGAGAGAGAUAGAUCAAAUCAUCCCUACCACUUUAUUCAAUCCUGUAUUAUUAAUUCUUGUUCUGUUUGCAUCCAGUUUUUCAUUAGUUCUGGAAAUUCUUACCCAGUUUAGUCUUACGGUCUUCAAGUUAUCAGAAACCUAUAUUCUAGAAUACUUUUCACUGUCUUUUCUAUGAAUCUUUCUGAAGAUGAAGCAUUUUUGCAAAAGCAUUAGAGUAAAAUAAUAACUGUCUGUAAAUGACCAAAAGACUUAAAAAUUCCCCUGGUUAAAGAUCUGCUGAGAAUUCAUUAUAAUAGAAGUGACAAAGAAAUUUGCUUAGUUCUGUGACACACAACAUUUUAAGGUAACUGAAAUUACAACUGAUAACAUUAUAUAGGACAUAUCAGAUUUCUAGGAGUUUCACACAAUUUCUAGAACACUUACAUUAAUAACAUGCAUCCACAUAAAUACAAGCUAAGAAUGUUUAACGUCACUUCUUAUUUGACAAAUGCUUCCCAUGCAAUUUGAUAUAUUAAAUCUAAUUAGUUUAAUGUCUCACUUUUUAUAUGGAAAGAGAACAAAUCUUUUGAGAUGUUCCAGGGACCUGCUAUAAAAUACCAAAGUUAGCUUGAGGUCAGAAGACUUCGUUUAGAAUUUGAUACUGGGAAUUCUGUCCAAACAUCAAAAAGUUUGAACUUUUGACUAAAUAGGAUCACAGAUCAUUAUAAAAUAAUACUUAAUUAUCUAUUUAAAAAACGUAACAGUAGAAAGGUUAACAUAAAUACAGAAGGUCAUACACUUGUGAGAAAAAGUGAGCUUUCUUAAUAUUGAGAAGAGUGGGUUUGCCUAAGCAAUCAGAGACCUGAUAAAGCCAAUAUAAAGCACAGUAAAUUGUUUUGUAAGAAGCAAAAUCUUUACUUUCCAGGUAGAUAAAUUAAAAGGUAGAGAAAACCCUUUUUCAGUCUCUUACUGAAAGCACACCAAGAAAACUGUGCUUUUAGCAGAUAAAAGAAAAUUAAAUUUUGGUUUUUCAUAGGUACACUGUUGGUGUCAUAGUGUUUUUUUAAAACCUUUAUUAUUUCUGAUUUUAAUUACAUAUAUUAACUAGAAUUCUUUUUUAAUAAAUUUUAUUUAUUUAUUUUGAGGGAGAGAGCAUGAGCAAGUGGGGGAGGGCAAAGAGAGAGAGAGGAGAGAGAAAGAGGAGAGAGAGAGAGAGAGAGAGAGAGAGAGAGAGGCCCAUGCAAGUUCCACACUGGCAGCCAGAGCCUGACACAGAGCUACAACUUAUGAACCACGAGACCAUGACCUAAGCCAAAACCAAGAGUCAGACACUUAAUUAACUGAGCCACCCAGGCACCCCUUCAUUAGAAUUCUUAACAUGUCACGUUCUUAAUUCCCAGCAAAAACUAACUCAGAGUUGCGGAUUGACAAAUGUAUAAAUAUUUCAUAAUUUUGAGAAGUAUAUUCUUCCUAAUACUAAACUUUCUAGUGCGGCAGCAGGUGUGUUUACAAAUAGACCCAGCUAUCUUCAGUUUCUUUGUAAAAGGAAGCAAAAGGAUGUAAACCGGUGUUCAGUGACUAAUGGUUCACUGUUUUACCUUAUUUGAAAACGAUAUAAGUAGUUAAUGAAUAUCCAUUAUUUAACUCAUCUCAGUUUAACUUUAAAGUUUCAAGUUACCAAGAAGAUUCUGGAAACUGUUUUUAAGUGUACAUACCAUAAAGCAUAAUUAUUGUUGAAAAGUUCCUUUUUAAGUUUAAUCUUACUUACGUGUAUAUUUAAUUCACUUGCUCUUAAUGAUUAUGUUAGAUUAAUCAUGAAAAUUUCAUGAGACAUUAAACAGCUAACCAUCAUCUUAAGUUCUCACUCUCGCUGACAAAUUCUCUGAGAUAACAUGAGCUUACUUGAGUUCUAGUGAACCUAGGUAGAAUACAAGUAUUAUAUUUAAUGCUUUCUGUUGUAAUUAAACCAACCAACAAAGUUACACCAGCUUUUUGUGUGUGUGUCUGAAGAUCAUCCUAGAUCACAUGAACUUGAAAAACAUUUAGGUUAGUUUGCGUAUUUCUGAGAGUAUGUUUGGUUUAUAUAAACACUUCUUUGUCUUUAAGCCAAUUAAAUAGAGCUCUUUACAUAUUAAUUUGGUGUUACGAUCUGGAGAUAGAAAAAAAUACCACACAUUUAUAACAUACAUACAUAGACAUACAAAAACAUAUAGACAGACACAGAGAUCUUAUAGCUUAUAUGUUAGCUUACUGGAGGCCUAAAUCAGUCUCUGAAUAUCAGCUUCCAGUUUGGCCAAAUUCUAACCAUACAGUUACUUCAACAAAACAAAAAAGCCCUCAGAUGCCUUGUGAGGUUUCAGCUGGGACAAACUGGAUUCCAGGCAAUACUGAAAAACCCCUGGGACACCAAUGGUGUCCCAGAGAGGAUGCAAAGAUAGUACCUUCUGCAUAUCCAGAGCCACUCCCGAAGAUAACCAAAAGAAAAAAAAAAAUUAGACAAUCCCCCCGAGAGCUGGCAACAAAUCAGUAGGACCCCCAACUGCAAAUGGGGUGUAGCCCACAUUUCUGUCCAGCCAAAUAUUGGGGGGGUCCCCCAAGCCAAUGGCUGCCAAGUCAAGUUCUUAGGACACAAAACAAGACAAACAAGAAGGCAGUAGCUGUCCCUGGGAGAGAAAGGAUCAUAACCAGUGGGUCCUUAAAAGCAAAUUCACAAGUCACAGUUCAGAGAUCUACUUCUUGCAUAUGUUUUUUGCCUGCCAGUAUGAAUUUUGAAAGGAAGGGAAAAUAUGAGAUUUUCCCUUCCUCUCUCAACCAGGCACCACAGAGAUGUGGGAUAGCGGACUGUGGUAAGAAUUGUCCCCCUUUGUUGGCUCCUGCUAGUUUUCCCAGGAUCCGGCGUGCAGGCUCUGGAGUGAGUAGGGUGUUUCGGUAGGUCUCAUCCAAGUCAUCAGAAACUGUAGAGUGGAAGUGAUUUCCCCUUUACUUUUUUUUUUUAACUUUUUUAAAAGUUUAUUUAUUUAUUUUGAGAGAGGGAGUGGGGAAGGGCGGGGAGAGAGGGGGAGAGAGAAUUCGACAACCGGGCUCUAACCCAUGAACCACAAGAUCAUGACCUGAGCCAAAAUCGGUAGUCAGAUGCUUAAUCAACUGAGCCCCCCAGAAGCCCUUCCCUCUAUUUUUUAUAGUGAGUAUUUGACUAAGAUGCCUUUUUCUCCAGGACACCUUCAUAAAUGGAUAAGUUUAAAAUUCUCCACUGUGGCCGCUGUAAUUCAGGAUUAUCUUUGGUAAGGUCAAUUUGCUUGUUCAGCAUUAACACAAAAUUUUAUUCACCCGAGGCCUCACACUGGCCCUAGUUCAGCUCAAGUCAUACCCAGUCUGACCCCAGACCCAGUUCUGUUUACAAGACCCAGGUCUGUUUAUAAGUUGGACUCAGUCCGGCCCCAGAACCAGUUCAGUUUCUAAGUCAGACCCAGUCUGGUUCUGAUUGUGGCAAAUUUCUGGACCUAGUCCAGAAAAAGAAAUGUUCAAAUAUAUUCUGAAAGUUCAUCAUGUAAAAAGUGCCGAGUGAGGAUCCGAGACGAGCUUACCCACCUCCUCCAGAGGCAGCAAGGAGGCAGCAAGGCAGUAGAACACAACAGGUGCCUAUGUCUGGUUGCUCCUUGCUCCUGGGGGGUCAUGGGUGGGGGUGGGGGAUAUAGCUCUUUGGAUCUCUCUUCUGAAAACACAACUGUUGAAAGGUAAACUGAGGCCUAUUAAAAAUUGUAAGAGUUUGACCAAAAAUCAAUUCGAAUUGGGUAGCAUCCAAUCUAACAGAUAAGAUAGAAAGGAGCUCUGAGGAGCUACGCAAAAUGACUUUCUAGGCAGAAGGGAACAGGAAUAAGGAACUUGGAGGAGGCACAAAGCAAGUUGGUUAUUACCAAGUUUCUUUCCUUUGGGGAUGGCAGGGGUCUAUCAGGCAGAUUACAUAACUAGUGCUGAUCAGGUGAUUCCUGAGGGACUGGCUGAAGAAUGCAUUUCUGAGAGAGCUGAAACUCUAGUUAAGUCUCAAUAUGAAGAUACAGAGCUUAGCAUAAGCAAUUCCAUUUUGGGUGUGUUGUCUUGUGUUGUUUAACAGAUGCUGUUUAACAUGUACCUAGUUACUCUUUCCUUAGCACUAUGCUGUGUCCCACAAGUAGUGAAAGAAGAAAGAGUUCAGAAUUUGUCUCUUGGAGCUUAUGGUUUAGAGAUAAUACAGUGCAUGAAACAUCAAUGAAAUGCAAAAGAAGGAAAUAAGGAAAGGACAAAAGAAUGAGAAAGAAAGAAAAAAGAAACCGUCAACUCAUUCAUUUGUCUAUUUGUUUAUAAAUUAAUAAAAUAUUUGUGAAGGGGUUUUUGUGCAUAGGGCACUUUCUUUUGACAUUUGAUGUGCUAAUUAAGCGUUGCAUAGAAUGCAGAAAUUACUGGGGUAGGCCGUAAAUGCUUCAGGAUGUCAGAAAAGUGGUACGACCCCAAAUUGAGUUCCCAUGGUGGUGACAUUGGCUGAGUUAGUGGAGUAGCCUGUUCCACUCUCUUACGUGUGUAUGUGUGUGUGUGCGUGUGUGUGUUUCUGUUGAGGAGGACAAUGUGCCUGACAGAGGAGUGGGUUUUGUUGAGACUUGACUCCUUUCUUCUCUAACAUUCAGUUUCACGGAAGUAGACAGGAGUUCAGUUGUCCUUCUUGCCCCCCUCUUAGCUGAGAAGGAACAAGUGAAUAGAAAUUAACAAGAGCUGCCUUGGCCCAGGCACAGCUAGGCUGCCUUCAGAAAAAGCGCACUCAGACUAGACCUCAUGGUCCAGUGAUUGGAGCCUUGCUGCAAAGGAGUGAUGACUGAAAGCCCAGUAGAAGUCUUGACUGGCUGGUUUUGUUAGAGUUCCGUUUCCUCUCCUCAGGGAUUGGCAUAAGUCCUUAAUGCUUUCUACAUUUGUCCCUGUAUGGAUGUGAAUUCUCUUCAUGCUUUUGUUGUACCUGAUUGUGUAAUUGCAUAAUAAGAUAUCCAUAUCUGACAUGAUAUUAUUUAAAUAUUUUCAUGACCAAAAUAUCUAAUGCUUGAGUCCAUUGUGCUAGUGGUUCCUGAGCCCUAGUUGUAUGGCAGACUCACCCUCUAGAGAACUGUAGAGGGACAUCACAGAUCCACUCAGUCAAAACCUUCAGGUCAGAGACCUCAGAAUCCAGGUUGAGAGUGUGCCAGGAUAGGAAUAAAGAACCUCAAACUGCAAACUUGAGGGAUGUGUGUGUGUUUGACCCAGCUGAGUGAGGUCAAGGGUAAGAGAGAUCAUGUUAAAUAUUGGACAUAAUAUAGAUGCGCAAGAGAGGCCAUGCCCAAAACAGGAUGAAUGGGAGAGAAAGAGUUGAGUUCAAUUUUUGAGAUAGGAGGAACAGUAAAAUUGUGGAAAAGAAGGGAAACACUGGUCUCAAAGGAAGGGAGAUCCAGCAUGAAUUAGAAGUGCCCCAGCCCUUGUAAGUGCUUCACAGUUCCUUGGUGUGAUGGCUCAUGUUAUCUCCCACGUGAAUGUUGGCACAUACUGUUCCCAGUAGCUGAAAUGGCCUUCUCCAUGCUGCCCACCUUACUACAUGGAACAGAGCAUUAUUCUUAAAUAUUCAGCCCACUCCUUGCCUUAAUUUAAAAGUAUCCUUACCCCUGAUGCCUAGGAAGGGGCCCUUUUUCUCUGCUCCCUGCCCACGAGUCUCUCUUUUUUCCAGUUCAGCAAAUGAUGAAAUGAUGGCUGGUAACUAUGUGUUGUGCUCUGGGAGCCUAGCAGACCUCCAUUCUCCACAUUGGGGUGUGUAGAUGUUGGAAACUUUGAAAAGAAUCUUAAAAUCAGAUUAUUGGGUCAUAAUAAUUGUGUGCAAGCUGAGUAAUCUCUGGAGCAUGGAAUGCAAAGGUUUUCCUUCCCAGAGGCAAUAGCAGCAAAACAUUAUAAAAUCAUAGGGUGAGGGUUCCAUGAAUUCGGUCCCAUGUUCUCAGUGCUUGAGGCGGACCCCUCCUUAGAUUAUUCCAGUGGGUCUUUAAGAACUCACUUAACAAACCACCAAACUCCAUCAUACUUCUGAGUGAUGAACCCGCUGUGGGAGGUGGCAAACCCCAUAACCUGGAGAUUGAAGUGGGACUGCCACCUUGCCUUCUGUGGAAGCUUCUUGGUCUAGGACCUGGUUACUCUGGAUUGAAAAAGCAGUACAACCAAAUGCCUUCUUCCAUGGUUAAGAUUAAUUGGACGCAAGAGUUCCCGCUUCGCUUGUGGAGUUAGAAUCUAUGCCAUCUACGUCACGGAAAAACAAGUCUAAGAUGGUAAAGAAACCUCUUGUCUCCGAGUGUUUCAUUACAGCACAGGGAGGAAUUUGAAGGACAAGUGGCAUAUACCUGUGGGAUAUACAACGAUACUAGUGAUGCUGGGAACCAGUUAAGUGCUUACACUAUGCCAGGCGCUCACCCAUUCUAUGCCAUUUAGUCUUUGUUACAACCCUCUGGUAAAAGAACUAGGAUUCGUUUUGUGUGUGUGUGCUUUGUUCUGUUUUGUUUCGUUUUGUUAUGGGUGAGGAAACCGAGGCAAAUGGAAACCAGUAAUUUACCAAAAGUACAGUCGGGAAAUGGUGUGGCCGGGGUCAGAACCCACGGCAGACCCUCUCCAGAGCUACCAUACUAAACCAUCUAGGUGCCUUUUGUAAUCAGAAACAAAAUAAGCCCCGUUACCAGGGUGUUUCAUCUCGACAUCUGAGACACCAGGAGAGCUCGCACAUCAUCCAGGCAUGGGCCACUGCCUGAUGCUGAGUGCUGUGUUCGAAGAAGAUGAGGGAAAAAGUCCGUGUGUCUCACGCCAGCAGCAGAAGCUCUUCAUUCAUGGGGCGCCUGGGUGGUUCAGUCAGUUAAGCGUCCGACUUCAGCUCAGGUCAUGAUCUCACACUCUGUGAGUUCGAGCCCCGCGUCGGGCUCUGUGCUGACAGCUCAGAGCCUGGAGCCUGCUUCAGAUUCUGUGUGUGUGUCUCUCUCUCUGCCCCUCCCCUGCUCAUGUUCUGUCUCUCUCUGUCUCAAAAAUAAAUAAAAAUAUUUAAAAAAAAAAAAAGUUCUUCAUUCAGGGAGAAGACACGCGGAGCGUGGCCUUACUCGUGUAAGAAGCCAAGGAGGCUAUCAGAAUUUUACCUUUAUUAUUUCGGGUUCCUUCGUGCUGACCAGUGACCCUCGGUCCGAUUUGUUUUCCGAGAGAGUAAAAGUGAAGCAGGCUCUUCAUUCUUACAGGCUCAGUUCAGCCCCCAGCCCCAUCCCCAGCUCAGCAGAUGGGGCAAAAGCCAGGCUUGGGAGCCAUUCAGCUGAGAGAUACUGGCUAAGUAAUUUCAACACUCAGAGCUUCAGUCUCUUUAUCUGUUAAGUGGGCACAGUAAUACUUCCUUCCUAGGCUUUCACAGGGUUUAUGACCUCCAGAGGAUCAGAAGUAGGUCUUUUGAGUUGUUUGCCAAACAUGUUUUCCCCUCUUUUUAUUCCCUGAUUUAAUAGACGUGGUAGUGUCCAAGAGUCCUGAAGUCUAAAUUCCAAUUUCCAUUUUUACACUAGGUUUAUAUGUGACCUUAAUUGUAAGCUAUAAAAUACCUAGAGCUCAGUCCUCGGCUAGUAUAAAAUGCGUACCAGUAUAUAAGAAGCAGUCAACAAUGAUAGUUGUUACUGUUAUUGUUACUGUUCAAGAAGCCAUGGAGAAUCUCUCCUACAGUUCUCUCUUUGUGUAGGUGAAGUGUGUAGGCUCAGACAGGUGAAAUGACAUGCCCACAGUCGCACUGUUAAUUAAUUAUAAAGUCAUUCAUAGAAUCCUAUGUCAGAUCCCAAUGCUCCUGCAUCAUCUCGGAGUUAAACAGACUGCUUGAGGGCAUUUAGGACUAGCAAACUCCUGCGUACUUCCUUAUGGGCUUGUUGGGUGAGUCCCAAUAGUUGGAACCUGUUGGAAACUUCAUGAGCCUUCAACGAAUGCGGAGUGGAGACAGACACUUACAUACUUUGAUGCAUGCUUCAGAUUCUGCUCCUGCGUGUUUACACAUACCCUCUCUUUCCAGCCUCUCUCUGCCACCCCGUGUCCCCAAGAAGUAGCCUCAUAACUUUUCCCCAGAGCAGAAGACAAACCUUUGGGUUUUUAUCAGGUCUCUCUGAAAGGUAGGGGUGUGUGUGUGUGUGUGUGUGUGUGUGUGUGUGUUUAAACUCUGUGACUGUUAGGGCACGAAAAUCCAUAGAGAGCCAUAGGGCCCCAGAAAAUGUUUUCCGUGUUGCAGUUUCUCUGCCACCCAGUGUGGAAGGCAAUUAUCUUUGGAGGGGGAUUCCACAGCCCUGCACGGGCUUCCCCGGCGUAAGAUUUAUUGUCGGCUGGAUUGGGUGUUCUUUAUAAGAGCAUUUACUCGGCAUCUAAAGCGCUGUCAAGAGUGCUACUUCCUGAAUGCUUUUGACGUUGCAACUGCUAAGCUUCAUUUUCCCGUCUUGGAGAUAUAUUUUUGAAAUGGUAUGCAGGGAUUUGUAAGGCCUCGUGCUUCCCAUUGACACUGACAGGAGCUGCACCGUUAAACCCCUGCACACUGCUGCGGAAAUUUACCCCCUCAUGCCCAGAGCCCUCCUGCAGGCGAGUCUGGCCCGCACGUGCAGCGGGUUCCCGGAGCGGGGAGAGGGCAUGGGAGCGAGUCCCGUUGUUUUGUGGAAGUCAUGCCAGCUAAUCAAUCUCAAAGUUAACUGUUUUCUUACUUAAACAAAGGAUAGGCAAAAGCUCUUCUGUGGCUUUUUUUUUUUCUUCCCCUCCUUUAUGUGGAUCUUAUGAAUGCCAGAGGAAAACUUGAGCUGCGAGUCAGCUAAAUAUACUGUAUCAUGAAACCUGAGGGACCACUGAAUUGGGAACAGUGGCCCUUUACUGCUAAGAAGGUGUUUUAUUGAAAAUGCGCCGACAUGCUCUCCCCGGAGAGUGAGCGAAAGGGAAGGCAAGAUGCCCGACAGUAACACAGGUUGUUCUCGUAGGCGAGCUAAAAUAUAGGGUUUGGCACUCCUGGGCUGUGCUCGGGCAGGCAAUAGAAUAGACGAAUGUGCAUUUUUACAUUAAAAGCGUCAUAUUUCACCAGCGGCGCCCCUCCCCCCGUUUGUUAAGCGUCUUAAUUUAUAUAUUCCAGUUAGCAGUUCAUUACCUGUCCCUUUCUCUCUCCUCCAGCUUUUAAAAGUUGUCUCUUGAAUAAAUUGAGGCAGUCAAAAUUUCCUAAUCCUGGCAGGCUUACCAGCAGAGGGCAGGCGUAAGGAAGGUUUUGAUACGAGGGUGUGUCAGCCUGGGGUCACAGGAGGGUGGCGACGCAAUGGGAGGGAGACCUGUGAGCUCUGCGCAGAGGACAAGAUGCAGCACGCCCCCUCUGCCUCGUUCCAGGUCUCCAGCAAAGCUGGCUUUACUAAAUAAAGGUGGCCAGUUGCCUUUUUCAGAUACUCAGCGACUUCCACAUAAUUGAACGUUAAGAGGAAUAUUCAGGUGUCAUCUCAUCCUCCCCAAGCCGUCUCUUCUUUCCCCUCCAGUGACCCAGUUCUGUUAGGCUGAAAACUGGGGGUUUGCACGGGGGUGUACCGUAAAUGCCGUUCCUCUUUGGAGAGGAAACAAGGACUCACACUUGAUGGUGGUAGUGAUUCUUUUUUUCCUGAGACCUGACGGACAAAGCUCUUGGGGAAAUGCUCUCCUGCCCCCAAACAUGUACUUUUUGAGAACUUUGCACACUUCCGUGUAAUCUGUUCUCACCUCAUGGCAGAAGCGGCCCCCUGAUAUCUUUUACGUUAUGUUAAAACAAGGGAUUAUAGUUUUAUCGUUAAAUGAGAGAGAAUAAUUUGUUACAGCCAGUCAGAUGCAGGGUUUAGGGCAGGAUGUUGCCAUUUUUCUUCUCAUUUUCUUCCACACAUGAUUUUGCUUACUGGUGAUGUUUUAUACAUGUCUUUACAUUUAAAGUGAGGAGGGAUUUUUUUGAGGAGGCGGGGGAGGGGAGGAGAUAAUUGUUUUCCAUAGCUUAUUUACCCAUUCUGUUUGUAAGUCACCUGAAAGUUGACAUGUCAUUGUGUAUCCAUAAAUUAACCAGGAACACUGGCAUCAUAAAAUGUUGCAUUAAAUGAAGAGGCUCAUGGCAAUUUGGAAGGUGUCCUAAAGAAGAAUUUAAGCUCCUAUGGAACAGUAAGAACUCACAGUCUUUCCCCCUUGGCCAACCAGGCACAGACGAAAAACAACAUUAUUAACUUCAUUGUCAACAUAGACACAAGAUCAGCAUAAACAAUAUCGAUAUGGAGCUAACUGCCUUAACCUCCUGUAGAUGGAUGAUGUGUUAAUUUAUGUUUUUAAAUAAAAGCGCUCAAAUCAAGAAGGAACCGUGGCUCCUCAGAGACAAAUGCCCGAAUCUCCCAAUUGGGCAUUGGUGUUGCAAUUUAGUACCUGUAAUUGGCAGUUGGUUGGCGGUCUCUGGAGACCUCAUAAGUACUCAAGGAAGGCCCCCACCCCCACCCCCCAGAGACUCACUUCCCUGGGAGGGUCAUCAAGCCUGUUACCACGGUGAGGGACCCCAUUUUGGAUUCCUGCUGAUUCACCGUCUUCCCUCUAGCAACAGAGUCAGUUGGUCAAAUUUCUUUAAGUUACUUCAUUUCAGAAUAUAUGGUUUGGGUGCUCCCCUAAAUUAAUUGGAAAAGGUAGAGCGAGCGUUAAUGCAAGUGUUGUUUGGACGAAGAUGGGCAAUUGAAUUACAGUCUUGGCCUCUCACGCAGUUGCUUUUUCAACCCAUCAAAUUGUUCAUCAGUUUUUAUUUCACUCACUUUGGCAGAUGAACUUUCCGGCAACAGAAAUUGCAGUAGUUACCUAUGAGAACACGGUACCAUAACUGACUUCAUCUGAGCAUGUCUCCCACUCUCAGUGUUGCUGGAAAUAUGUGAGCAGAGUCCAUUCACAUAUCCGUUCUCUGGUUAUUUGCAAGCAGUUUCUGGCAAAGCAGGAGCUCAGGAGGAGCUGAGGGCCACGUGGGCCAGGCACCAUGGCGGGUGUCUCCUUCCCUGCCACACCAUUCAUCAGUGAGUAGGAAUAAUGUCCUGACAACACGUUCCUUCUGACUCUUCACUUAAUACAUCUUCUCUCCAUCCUCAGCUCUGAAUGGGCAGUAAAACCUUUCACUUUCUUCUGCGUUCAAGGCUAAGGCUCGGCACAACCAAGUAUAAUACAUGAUUUUAGUCCCAGGUGUGUUAUUUGGUGGUUAGAGUUUGGUGUGGGAUCAUAGUAAUCUAUUCUUAAGUACACAGCCAGCUGCACAAUGGACUCAUUUAGCAACUGACAGGUUUCUUAAUAUGUGGUGUUUGAACAAGGGCUGUAUCUGUUGUGGGUGUUAGGAUGUGGGCAUCAAAAAUAUUUUUAAGUACAGUAUUUAGCAUUUCCUUCACUCUUCCUUAAACAUUAGCCUUUUCUUCCCCCAGAUAUUCAUUUUAUGUGAUCAUGGCCUCUGUUUUUCUCAAACUAUUCAGUCUCUGCUCCGCCUUGUGACCUGUGGUGCUAAGUAUGUUUGAUUCUUGGAGGAGGAAAACAAAACAGAACAAAACAGUGUUGCCUUUCUAAACCUCAGUUUCCUCCUCUGUAAAAUGGGGAUUGUGUUUCUGUUCAAGUUAGAACAACUAAAUGAGACCCCUUCGCUAAGUAACCCUUUCUAAAGCUCCCACACUCCAGAUGCUGCUUUUUGGAGGGGUGGCAGGAGUUUACUGUCGAGGCCUUUCCAAAAUGACCUGACACUCACAUUGGUGAAUAAGUGACAUUAACUGAGUCUUCUAAGUUUUAACCACAAGUUUUAACAUUAUAUAUUGUGCUCCAGCAGUGAAGGGUUUCAGUUCUCACUAAAAUCCCAGAAACGGUACAGGUUGACAGGACCACAUGGAAGGGGAUCCUGAAGAGUCCGGAAUUAAUCACAGUAACCUGGGCAUAUACAGCUUAUCCGCGUUUAUCACCGAUGCUACGUUUCCUUGCCUGGAAGUAGUGUGUGAGUCACCAUGUCAUGUUUGGAGAGAGGGCCGGAAGGGCUCCAGGUGGCCUCUGAGUUAGCUUGCUAAGUUACUUGCCUCUCCAUAGCGUCACCACCCCCCUGCCAUCCAAACCUUCAGUCCUUUAAAACCCAACUCCCCAAGGGGGCAUCCCAGACCUUUCCGGCUCCCACUGAUCUCCCCCGUCUCUGUGGUCCCAUGGUGCUUAAAGCCACUGCUGUGCAAUUUAGUGCUUGUGUAAGACCUCAUUGCAUCACUCUCUAAUUAUUUUGCGUAAGGCUGUCUCCACAGGCUGGGUCAUAAGCGUCUGUAAUGUUUGUUGUUUGCUUGUUUGUUUGUUUGUUGUUUUGAUGCUCCUGGAGACUUGGCUCAUAAACACUGACCUGCAAAGGAGUUACCCCAACUUGUAAAAGCAUGCAUGAGUUUUAUGGAUGCCUCGUGAGGAACUUGUUUUUGAAAAAAAUGAAUUGCCUAUUCAAAGUGCACUCCAUUUUGUUCACAGACAUCAAAUCUCAAAUUAAUUUUCAUACCUUAGAAAAAAAAAUCACGUGUAUUUUGAAAUGACCAUUUCCACUUUUCUCACUGUGCAUUGGUUGGAGAGAACUUCCUAUAUUUUUAUUUCCUGUCUUUGGGGCCCCCGGCAGCCCCUCCCGGAAGAGUGUCUUGUCUCUUUAAGAGUCAGAACUCUACUGAUUCAUGGUACCUUCUGGCAGAUUUAAGGCCCCUCUCCCCAAAAAAGAACGCCCUUGCUCCUUCAUUGAAUAUUCAUGAGAGGGUGGGGUCACAUUUUUGUGACCUGAAAAAUGCCAUUAAUAAAUUUGUUGCCUGACACAAAAACACUUCAGGGUGGAGAGCGACCUGCCAUGCACCCGUUUAACAUCUGAUCAUAAGCUGACAGUCAAAUGAAGCUUUUGUCUCUUUCGCAGCCAGAUUAAUGGGGGAAUUGUCUGCUCCCCCGCUGACCUUAUUGAAAUUCAGGCAUUUGCUUGAUUGGAAAUAUUAUCAAUAUGCUUCCUGGUUUGUUCUAGCCUGCAUUAAACGCCUCAGACAGAAAAAUAAUUUCAAGUAAAACUCCUGGAACUGCUGGGUUAGGAUCUGUGGUCUUUUUGGUUUUCUUUAAUUGAGGGAAAACAGGUAAUCAUUGAUGUCACUACUCCUUUUCCUCGAAUAUUUUGAGAAAAAUAAUCAAGCUGUGACGAGUUUUGUUGUUCGUGCUUUAAGCAUAGGCCAAGAAGUUUUUCUCUAAAUUUAAAGAUGGUGAAUAGCUGCCGAAAAUGAUUGAAUUAAACCUGGCACUUAGAUCCUGCCCGCCGAGCCAACAAAGUUUCGCAUAUUGGUGACUUUUUUUUUUUUUUGAACACUAUACUCAGCUUUAAAUAGCAUUAAAGAGCAGUGACUAUUUCUGAUAGAGGUCAUCUCCAAGUGCUUAUGGAGAGUAGCUUUUGUUGUUGCUGUUGUUGUAUAAAUAAGAAAGGAAUUUAAAGAAUUAUUUCUUAGCGAACUUGGGGCAGAUGCCUUCUUGAGCAGCUGUCGUUCUACAAGGGGAAGUAGCUGGGUUCAGCGACGAGGCACGUUUGGUUGUUAUUUAUUUCAAGCCCCGUGUCGGGUUAGUUUUCCUGUGCGCGCACAAGCACACUUUGGCGAGCCCGACUCUCGGAAAGAAAGGAGGUGGGGAGCGGUGUGGGGGGUGGGGUGGGGAGGCCGAGGCUUGCCUCCACCAUCCCCGUGAAGCGAAAGUUCUCUGCAAAGGCCGGUUUUCGAGGAAAGCGCUUCUCUGCUCUUCCCUGGAGCCCCGCAUCCCCUUCCGAUUCUAAACAGUUGCUCGGAGCAGUCGGGUGUGCGCCGGGCGCGCCGGUUCUCCCCUCCUCUGCCUCUCGGGUUUCUCCGAAAGGUUAGGACAACUCUUUGUCAGUUUCCAAGACGAAACAAACGCGCGACCCAACCCCAAAGCCCCAAACCCGCAGCCCCGGCCGGCGGGAGAGAUGCGCGCCGUGCCCGGCUCCCCAGACGUCAGCCAGAGGCAGGUCAAAGGGUUAACAGCAAUUAAGAGGAGUUGCUCUAGAGACAAAAGCAGGAUUUCGCCAGAGCGUGAUUUCACCUGCCGCGCGGAGGGGGCCGGGGCGCGCGGGCGCGGGGAGCGGGCCGCGGAGCCCAUUGUGUGGGGCGCGGCGCGGCGCGGCGCGGCGCGGGGUGUUUAGAGGCGGGUUGUGAUUGGUGGAGCAGGGCGGGGCGGGUGGGCGCGGCGCGGCGCGUCUUGUCAGCCCGCGAGCCGGAGCGCCCCUGCGCGCGUGCAGUCCGCCUGCACGCCGAGGCCGCCGGACCCCACGCCCGGCCUGCGCGGGCGCCCCGAGCCGGCUCCGCGCGCCUGGCGGCUACAUGGAGAGUGUCAGGUUCCCGUGUCAGUGGCUAUGAUGACACCUCAAGUUAUCACUCCCCAGCAAAUGCAGCAGAUCCUGCAGCAACAGGUGCUGAGCCCUCAGCAGCUCCAGGUCCUCCUCCAGCAGCAGCAGGCCCUCAUGCUCCAACAGCAGCAGCUUCAAGAGUUUUAUAAAAAACAACAGGAACAGUUGCAGCUUCAACUUUUACAACAACAACAUGCUGGAAAACAGCCUAAAGAGCAGCAGCAGGUGGCUACCCAGCAGUUGGCUUUUCAGCAGCAGCUUCUACAGAUGCAGCAGUUACAGCAGCAGCACCUCCUGUCUCUGCAGCGCCAAGGCCUUCUCACAAUUCAGCCCGGGCAGCCCGCCCUUCCCCUGCAGCCCCUCGCGCAAGGCAUGAUUCCAACUGAACUGCAGCAGCUCUGGAAAGAAGUGACAAGUGCUCAUAGUGCAGAAGAAACCGCAGGCAGCAAUCACAGCAGUUUGGAUCUGACCACGACAUGUGUCUCCUCCUCUGCACCUUCCAAGACCUCCUUAAUAAUGAACCCACAUGCCUCUACCAAUGGACAGCUCUCAGUCCACACCCCCAAAAGGGAAAGUUUGUCCCACGAGGAGCACCCCCAUAGCCAUCCUCUCUACGGACAUGGUGUAUGCAAGUGGCCAGGCUGUGAAGCAGUGUGCGAAGAUUUCCAAUCAUUUCUGAAACAUCUCAACAGUGAGCAUGCGCUGGACGAUAGAAGUACAGCUCAAUGUAGAGUACAAAUGCAGGUUGUACAGCAAUUAGAGCUACAGCUUGCAAAAGACAAAGAGCGCUUGCAAGCCAUGAUGACCCAUCUGCACGUGAAGUCAACAGAACCCAAAGCCGCCCCUCAGCCCCUGAAUCUGGUGUCAAGCGUCACACUCUCCAAGUCUGCAUCAGAGGCUUCUCCACAGAGCUUACCUCAUACUCCAACGACCCCAACCGCCCCCAUCACUCCUGUCACCCAAGGCCCCUCCGUCAUCACCACCACCAGCAUGCAUACGGUGGGACCCAUCCGCAGGCGGUACUCAGACAAAUACAACGUGCCCAUUUCUUCAGCAGAUAUCGCGCAGAACCAAGAGUUUUAUAAGAACGCAGAAGUUAGACCACCAUUUACAUACGCAUCUUUAAUUAGGCAGGCCAUUCUCGAAUCUCCAGAAAAGCAGCUAACACUAAAUGAAAUCUAUAACUGGUUCACACGAAUGUUUGCUUAUUUUCGACGCAAUGCUGCCACGUGGAAGAAUGCAGUGCGUCAUAAUCUUAGUCUUCACAAGUGUUUUGUGCGAGUAGAAAACGUUAAAGGGGCAGUAUGGACAGUGGAUGAAGUAGAAUUCCAAAAACGAAGGCCACAAAAGAUCAGUGGUAACCCUUCCCUUAUUAAAAACAUGCAAAGCAGCCACGCCUACUGCACACCUCUCAAUGCAGCUUUACAGGCUUCGAUGGCUGAGAAUAGUAUACCUCUAUACACUACCGCUUCCAUGGGAAAUCCCACUCUGGGCAACUUAGCCAGCGCCAUACGGGAAGAGCUGAACGGGGCAAUGGAGCAUACCAACAGCAACGAGAGUGACAGCAGUCCGGGCAGAUCCCCUAUGCAAGCUGUGCAUCCUGUGCACGUCAAAGAAGAGCCCCUCGAUCCAGAGGAAGCUGAAGGGCCUCUAUCCUUAGUGACAACAGCCAACCACAGUCCAGAUUUUGACCACGACCGAGAUUACGAAGACGAACCCGUAAAUGAGGACAUGGAGUGAGCGUCUCUGGGCAGGCCAACCCCAAGAACGAAGAUUGGGGGGGAAAAACACGUCAAAAGUCAGCAGUGAAAUUGUUCUCCAUUUGUUGUACAGUCUGGAGGAUUUUCACUCCAUUCGGACAACUCUGAAACGUGUUAACUCUGAGUGCCAUCAAGAAUCCCAUUUGGGAGUAUUUUUGAUUUUUCUACUUUUUGUUGAAAAAAGGAAUUUGUACUCUGUGCAUUGGAUGGACUUGUUUGGUACUUGGGAUUUUCCUCUCCUAACAGUCAACAUCAGUGUUGUAAAUUUGCUAAACUGAUUCACUUUUAGCAGCAGACUUUGAACUGCCGUCCUGCCGACGUGGGACACCGAGGACACCCAACUGAGCAUGUGCGUCUAAGCUGCAGACCAAGCCUCUGCCCAGAAUUCAAGGAUUCCAAUGGACGACCUAUUUGCACAGUACUGCAUGUUGAUUAUCACUGCCUUUACUCCUUUUUUUUUUUUUUUUCGUUUUUGUUUUGCUUCCAGUUGGGAUGGGGAAGGCCUUUGUGUGUGUAUUGGGGGGAGGGGGUUAAAAAAGUAAUUAUCCCAAACUUUUUAAUGUAUUGCUUUUUUUUUUUUUUUUUUUUUUUUUGCUUCUACUAUACCAUUUUAAGUUCUGACCUCAGGCCUCCAUUUGGGCCCACGGCCUCCUGGAGGCUUAAAGUUUUCUGUACCUUGUGAUGAAUGUUAAUAGGUGUUUUUAUUAUACAAAGCUGAAUGUCAUUUCUCGUUUGUAGUUUUCUGUCACUCAUUCCAUUUUCCUUCAGACAUCACCACGUUUUCUCUAAAGUCAGAAAACAUUCCGUUUUGGUCUUUUUCAAAAAGGUCCCAAAUGCUGCACUCUCUACACAUGAAGGUCCUCUCACACAGAUCUGAAGUCCUGCCAGAAAGAGAAUGAAUGACAGAAAAAAAAAAAAAGAGAGAGAGAGAGAGACACCCUAGGAACAAUGCAGAUUCAUUCCACGAAGCAGUAUUGGAGGUGGGAAGGGGGUGGUUUCAGUUUCUUUUUUGUUUUGUUUUUUGCAGCUACCAUCAUUGUCAGUAAAUGCCACAGCAUUCUGCGAGCACAAGGACACAUAGGCAGCACUACCCCCCCCCCCGCCCCCCAGAUUCUCUUGCUAGACGGACAGUGUGGCUGUGGAAGGCUCUCCCGCGGGUAACCAAGUUGCCAUGGGCCACAAGCUCUCUGAUGUUAAAACCAGCCUGGGUUGCUUUGUUUGCAAAAUGGCCAAAAAGCUGGCUUCCCUGAGCAACUCUGCUGAAAAGUGGUUGGCGGCGCUGAAUUCAAACAUCAGUCCAGACCUGCUUGGUGGCAUUAAUCUGUUUGAAUGCAAAUUAGAUUUCAGAUUGAAUUUGUGAUGGAAGUUAAUGAGGACUGAGUUCAGCAAAUGCUAAAGUGUUAAUUUCAAACGUGCAAAUUCGGUACUGCAGUUGAGUUUGUUAUGCAAUAUUAUCCCACCAAGCCAGUAUCCAAAACUAACAGAAGACCUCAAGGAGACGGGGGUGCAUGGCGCCCCUGAGGGUUUGGAGAAAGAAACAUGGCAUAUGCCGAACGUGAUGGCCAUUGGUCAGUACAACCUCAGUCCUUAGGAACCCCUCAAUGCUUCCACUCUGCACCCACUUUCCUGUCACUCAUUUAUUUAUCUAGGACCGUAGCUUUUGUUUUAGUUUGAGAGCCUUUUGGAGCUUAAUUUAUAUUCUUUGUACCUUUUUUUCUAAAAUUACCAAAGAUAUUACACAAAGGUAAAUUAUGUUCUCUGUUUUAUGCUUUAUCUGAUGAAGCCAAAUAUCCUCUUAUUGUUGAUCAAAGGAGGCGAAAGAAUUUUAGAGGCAAUUGAUGAGUUAUAGGCUAUUGCUAACCUGAGAAAGAGAACUGCUCCUUCUUCAUAGAAUAAAUUUAGAAGACCAAGUAGGUAAUGGAACCAAAGUUGUUAUUUUUGUUAAUUUUUUUUUUUCUUGUUCUGUACCUCGACAGAGACCAAAAUUCCUAAAGAGAGGUUAUGGGGCUGCUGAAGGUGAAAAUGGGGCACAGUGUUACAGGAGCGAAAGAAGGAAGGGAGUCCCAUCUCAAAAACCUGAAUGGAUGCCACUGAAAAUUAGGGGUAACCAGUAAAGGAGACAGUUAAGAAAAAAUGUAAAGAAAACAAAAGCUUCUACAUUGGAACUAAAUCACAGGCACAUUUCUAGAAUACAUUUUUGUUUUUGUUGUUACAGAAAGAGGUAUGCCACUUUGGUUUUAAGGACCGUGCUAGGAUCACUGCAUGAAUUAUGCUUUGUCUUGGCAUAUAUCUUCCGGGUUUUUGUUGGUUUUUUUUUUUUUUUUUAAUGUUUUCCUUUUUCCUUCCUUUUUUUCUAAUUAGGCUUUGGUCAGCAUUUUCCAUUGAAAGGAAAAAAAAAAAAGUAACACUCCCGUCCACUCAUGAGCUUGGUACAAAAACUUCUUUGGCCAUUUCUUUUGAAGCUUCACUGUGCUUUCUGUAUAAAGGGCAGUCUGUGGUCACUCGAGACUUUUUUUUUUUUUUUUUUAACUUUUCCAGGCAGCUUCAUGAUGUGCAGGCAGUAGCCAGACAGGGUCAUGGGAAGGGGGCCCUGUGCUUCUAAACUGAGUGGUUGCUGGUUCGUUUGGUAUUCAAAAGAGGAUAAAAAUCUGGUAGAUUAGUUCAUUCUCAGCAUGUGUAGCUAGACAUGAGUAAAGAUAACAGCAUGAGAAACUGUUAGUACGCAUACCUCAGUUCAAACCUUUAGGGAAUGAUGAAAAUAAAAAAAAAAUACAUUUCACUCAGUUGCACUUAGUCGUAUGUCUUGCAUGCUUAGUCUAAAGACUGUAGCAAAAAAAAAAAAAAAAAGAAAAAUUAGAUUUUACAUAUCUUUGCAGGUCUCUCAACCCUGCAGAAGAACCAAUUGAAAAAAAAAUUCUCAGGCUUUACAGCAAGCAAACUUCACUAUGAUUUUUACAAUUCUGAUUCUGUAUCCCUUGGGGGGGGGGGUUAUUCCAGUCGCUUCUUUAGGAUGGGGUUUAUUAUGUUGUACAUAUAUUCCAAUGUGUCUUGUGUGAAUCUUUGUCUUUUUUGGGGGAGGGCAGAGGGCGGUUCUUUUUUUAGAUAUUGUUCCUAAAAAGGAAUAAAUGCAUACACCUGUUUGUCAAAACACCUUUGCUUUUUGUGCAACUGCUUUUAUAUUAACGAUACUAAAAAAAAAAAAAUAGCUUUGGGAAAAAACUACUGUAUGUAAUGGAAUUGCAGAAUUUGCUGCACAUGUAUUUUAUUUAGUUAUCCUUGCUUUAAGAAUAUUGGAUGACAUUUCCUGACAUGUGGGAGGGAGAAAUUCCCUAACCUUUUUUUUUUUUCCUUUUAAAUUGUAACAUAGUUGACAGAUUUUUUUUUCUGUUCUCAUUGAUCAGAGCAUUUUGUACAGAUUCGUGUGUGUGUGCGUGCGCGUGUGUGUUAAUCUGUUUUUUGAUACAUUCCUAUCCCUUGUGUUUAUCCCACCACUGCCUUCCUGGCUAUCUUAAACAAGUUCAUACAUUUGAAAAGAGAAAAAAAAAUGCUGUUUAAAAAAAUGUUUUCUCCUGCUGCAGUAAAUAUUUUGCAUGAUGAAAUUCCAGGGUCACACUUUCAAAGUUUAUCAGUGAAGUAGUGAUUAAUAAUGGGGAGUUGUCAAAGCUAUUGAACUUUUUUGUAUAAAAAAAAAAAAAAAAAAUUUUAAAGGGGCCAAAAUGUAAAGACAAUUUGUUACUUUUCCUUUUCCUUUUUUUUUUUUUUCUCCAAAGAAAAGCGUACAUUAGGGAGACAGUCCCUUGUAUCAGGCAAAUGCACUGUCAGGAAUGAGAAUCCAUCCUGCUUGUCCCUAGAGUCUGUCCUUGUGAGACAAGAGACGCUGCCCGCGUUGAAAACCAGCAGUGAAAUGAAAUACCAAGGCUUCUGUACACGAAGAGUGACCGCCAACCUUGCCACCCUCGGACAGCGCUAACAUUACAGCCAGCAUUCCGUCAGACCUAGGAAAGAAUACCUUGGAUUCUUCACCCAAAAUCUGAUUGAUGUAAAUCACUAGCUAUUUUAUUGUGGGGGAAAAAAAAAAAAGUUAAAAAAAUAUCUCCUCUCCUUUCCACAUUCCAGCUGAGCUCCGUUUCCAAGGGUACAAAGAAGAACAUGCUUGUAAGGAUUUUGAAUCUUUUGGGUACCUGUUGGUUAAUGGUAUAUAUACCCUCUUGAUAUUUUGGAUGUUUUUGAAUGUUGGUUUCGCUUUUUUAUCCUGAGAAUGAGACUUAAAAUUCUAAAGGCAUUUUAUGGGGCCGGUGUAGUUCCCACGAUCUCUGCUACCCAGAAGCCUUGAUGAAGAUGGUCUAGUCCGGACUAUGAGCACGGUGCUUCGUGGAUAUGUGCUGCCAGUAACAAGAAUUUUUUUUUUUUUCUGUUUUGUUUUGUUUUGAUAAGGCAUAAAAGAAACUCAUUCCUUGACAUCAACUGUAAUUCCAUCAUUCCGUGUCUGUGGAUACAGACAAUAAAAAAAAAAAAAAAAUGUUGUGUAGUCAGUACUCAUGACUGACAUUAUAGCAUUCUCAAAUGCAAUAAAAAUGCUGUUUGUUCACACUGGUAGUAAAAA